GUUUCUGUUAUGUGUGCCAUGGUCUCAACCCAGCAGUGUUGACAAUAGGGUGAAAAGAAACAGCCCCGAAUCCUCAACGAGCUAAGGAAAUAUCUCAAAAUCCAGGGGUCUGGGGAAGACAAGCAAUCGGAUCAGUAACGGGAAUGUAAUUGCGUUAAAUUGAUCGUUUUAUAAGCGUGCUUUGUCAUUAAUGGGAGUUUGAGGAUUAUUAUUAUUCCGUUGGAAAGGAAAAGGUACUCGUGGGUUUGGCUGUUUGAGGCCAGAUUUUCCUGCUGGUCCGCCGCCGCUGCCGCUGCUGCCGCUGCUGGGGAAAGGCUGGAGGUAGCCUUAAGUUAGCCCGGUAGAUUUUUCCCAAACAUAGGAUAAACUCUCCGCCGCCGUCUCCGUUGCGAACCGCAAAGGAUCAAGGUAAAGUACCACCACAAUUGGAGGGGCUCACAGUCACUCGGUCGGUCGGCUGCAGCAGCUUGUCGGACUCGGGAGUCGGGACGGUUGUGUGUGUUACCCCCCCAACCCAGUCCGCCUGCCUGUCAGUGUUUGAGCGCUAAGCGUACGGUGUAUUAGCACUGUAUUUACAUCUGGGAUGAUGGGUGAUCGCCCGAGCCCGCCCAGGUAAAGUUGUUUUAUUAGCACACAUGUUAAGUCAAAUUUGAUCCUUUUACUGCUUUGAAAAUCAGCUUCUUGUUUUUGUUUUGCAAUGAAAGCUAAGCUGCUGAAGCUAAUGAAGCUACAUCUUCAACUUGAGCUAACCCGCGAUAGCCGCCGCACUAACGUUAGCUAGCGACCCCUAAAAAUGCACUUUUUCUUGGAUUAAACUUGACGCUUUUGGGGAAAUUUUUGCAAAGCAUUCAAGUUUGUGUCUUUGUAAUGUUAUAUGCGCUCAAUUGGGAGCUCUAACUUUCAAUGUUAAAUGCAUUAGCCGUUGUAAAGGGGUUGGUCUGGAUGCUAAUCGGCUAAGCUAGCUAACGUAAGUGAGGUUAUCGCGCUGUCAAGUUUGAGCUGCUUUUCUGCUGCUGCCAGGCCCCAACACGGCCAAGAUCACACCAGAUCUCAUGAAAAAACACCCUGAUUUUUGACCUUAUGCGGGUGAUGGCUGCUUCAGCUGAUAACAGUCAAUAAGUAACGCUUAAUUGCACUGUAAAUGAAUACAAUCUUUAUUGUGGUGGUUAAUGACUGAUCUUUCCAGGUCUGAAUGGCUCUGUUGGAUGCAGAUGUUUUAGUCUCUUUCUCUUGUAAAAGUGGUUUUAAAUCUGAUUUUUAAAGAAGUUUGUUGUUCUUGUCAAGUGUGUGGUGAGAACUUUAGAGAAUUUGAUCCAAGAUACUCAGUUUAAAUCAACUUGUGUCUAUGAAUGUGCCUCUGGCCUGUCAUGUUUUCUUGUUUUAACAUCAUGUGCAGUGUAUUAAAGGAACAGUCCGUAUGUAUUAUCCGUCCAUUCAAUUAUUCCAUUCAAUCUAGUAAACGAAAAACAGAAAAAACGAGUCAAUAUUUUGUUUAUUUGUUUUUCCUGUAUAACCAAAAAACAAAAAAAUAAUGUUUGUUUUCGUAUUUUCAGCUCAAAAUCUUACGUUGUGAUUAAGGAUGUAACCAUAUGAAAAUGUCACAUCAUCAUUAUUGUAACCAAAAUUAUCACGGUUAUCAAUAUUAUCACGGUAUUGUUGAAUUGUGUUCAAAAUGUUAAAAAAGUACUUAUACAUGUCCUGAAAUCAUUUUAUUUUGAAAAAAUAAUCAAAAUAACUCACAGAAUUAACUUUUCCUUAACCCUAAAUAACAGAGGAAAGAUGAGCUGAAAAAAUUAAAGAUGGGGCCUUAAAAGAGCCAGAGGUAAUCAACACUAGUACUAGUAAUAACAAAGUACAGAGUAAUGUGCCAGUAGCAUAAUCAUUAACAUAAUAACAAAUAGAUAUAUAUUACCAAGACAAAUAGAUGAUCUUCGAGCACUGAAUAGCCUCUCGGAUGGCACGCUGGUUGCUGGGAUGCACAAAAGCUUCGUGGCAAACCUUAUAACCCCCUCGGACUUUGUUUCUUUGACGGCGGAAAAAUCUCUGCAACACGGUCGGCAGAACUGCCCACAAAACUGCCCUCCAACAUGUUUGCAAGUUGUAUACUGGGCAAUGUUUUAAUGGUAAUUAAAAUUUGGAACGGUAGUACUAACCGUCAGAUCAUUUUACCAGUAAUCGUUACAUCCCUAGUUGUAACAGAGCUCUGGUUGUAAUUGUUUCUACAGUCAUAUCUUCCUUCUUCAGCGUGACCCUCCUGGCGGCUUUGAAUAAUAUGUAAGAAGCGUCCAUCUCAAUGACAACAGGUUAGCCUUUCUCUACCGCUCUGGCCUGGAGUUUUUGGUCCACGUUGUUAGCUACUCUGUUGCGUAAUGCGCAUGUGCGAACAGUAGAAAGGUGCUGUGGAAAAUGGGAACAUCAAUAACCCGAAAACAGAAAGUAGAUUUAUUAUUUUGUUUUCGUUUCCAUCUCUACUAUAUAUUCUGUUAUGAACUGAAAAUCCAAAAAACAAACACUAAUCUUUUAUUUUUUGGUUAUAUAAACAAAAUAUUGACUCGUUUUUUCGUUUACUAGAUUGAAUGGAAUAAUUGAAUGAACGGAUAAUACAGAGACCGUAGUAUUUAGUGGUAUUUGGAAGAAAAAGGCAUGAUGGAAAUGGAAUAUGACAUUCAUAGUAUGUUGAAUUACUGUGUAAUCAUCUGAUUACUAAAUUGUUCUGGUUUGGUUAAGUGACAAUGAGGCUUUGAUAUCUACAAAGGAGUGGGCCCCUUCCACUCUUGCACUGCCUUGUGGAACAAAUGGCUUGUAACAUAUACAUGCAUUUUAGUAAUGAGUGAAUGUUGUGCAAAAUGCACCGUUAGUGGACAAAGCAGGAGAUAGUGGUUGUUGUGCACAUGACAAAUAUUGAUAGAUUUCUUGAUGGUAAAAUGUUGGCCAAAGGGGGAUUAUACUUUUUCUUUACAUAAUAUUUAGUUUUAUCUUCAUGUGAUCAAACAUAAAUCAUAUUAACACAUAAACAGACAUUCAGGACAAAGCAGAAAAAAUAGAAAGGAAAAAAAAAGUAAAUAUGUGCGUACAUCAAUAAAUGACACCCAAAGUGUGCUGUAGUGCGGCAGGUUUGUCAGUUUGCUCAGUAUCAAAGUCAUACUCAUAUAAUUUUUUCUUUCAGUUUUCUGGAGAGAUUUUUGAGGUUGAUUUGCAUCAACUGAUAAACUGCAAGACGAUUUCAUGAUUUAUCACAUAUUUUAUGACAUGAGUGAGGACAGUGUAAAUGCUUGCAUGGAUUUGAGUAUCUUGGGUAUGAUCAGGUGUUUAAGAUGCACUGUUUUUGUAUUCGUGCAUUGGUUGAUGAUCAUAUCUUGAUUUCAGAAACCAAGAUAGUGGUGCGUUUUGUUUCAUCUUGAAGAUCAGAGAUCCUGAGACGUCAGCCAGAUUGCCCUUGUAAAGUCAGAGCUCUUACUAGAAAACUCAGUAACCCCAAGCUUGAAACCCAAGAUGGCCAUCAGUAGAGAAAACGUAUUUUUGAUAGUUUUUAUCAGCAGCUUAGUUUUGCUCUGUGUAUUUAAGCCAAUCAGUUUAAUUGUAUUGUGCAAGUUCUUACUGAGGAGAUGUCGACGCGUUGCUUUUGCUAAUUUUCAGGUCGUGUCUUGUCAUUGCCCGGUAGCUAACAGCAACUUUCCGACUGUAACUGGAGUGCAGUCAGCUCAUAUGUGACAUCAUGUGUCACUCUGACUCUGGAGGUAACUGGAACACACUGUAAGCGCAAAUUUUUGCUCAGGCAGACAACAGGAAACUGUGGGAUUCACAGGUGCAGCUCAAGAAUGUGUUAAUAAAUUCAGUCAGUGAAAUUUCGAUUCAGCACACACCAAUUUAAAUAUUUAGACUUUUUUUUUGUUUGAAUCUUGAUAACCGCAGACAACAAUAAAAAAUCCACGAUAUCAAGACGUUAAAAUAUUUUAGAAAAGUCUGGUUUCUUGUCAGUUAUAUAUAAAAUAAAUGGGAGUCUUAUUUUUUUUAAUUAAAUCCCCCUUACUCAGGUUUCAGACAGCUGCCAACUAUUUGAACAGGUUCAGUAUCAGCCAAAUUAAGUGUCAAUAAAAUAGACUUGGCAGCAGCAUCGAGAGUGUCUUAUUUUUUAAGUGAUGCAGACACCAGGUUUUGUCUUUUUGGUAGAAUUAUAUAUAUCAAAUAAGGGAGAGGACACCAUGAUGAUGACCUUUUCCACCAACACUUGCUGUAUAUCUUCAGUCAUCGCCGCCUUGUCCAUCGUGGUGGCGUUAAAAGGCUGACUCCAGCCUUCUCCUGUUGCUGGAGAUGUGGUGAAUUAGUCAUAUUUGCAACAUGACGUUGGGUAUCCAACACUGCUUGGCGACAGUGGUUUAUUUUUCUCAGCUUUCAAAGUUGCAGAGGUUUGUUUAUCACAGGCGUCUAUGCAAAUAAGAAGCUAGUCUACAAGUAUUUAUGAUACCAUCAAUGAUACAGACCAGGCUUGUCUGUAUACAUGUAAAUGACAUAUCCCAAAUAUGAUCCAAACCAGGAUAAGGCUCACAACUGGGAGACUCGAGUCAGUAUAAAAUAGUUGGUAAUAUAUCUCUGUAUUGAUAUUUAUCCCACCCACAGUGACGUCGAAGUGUCAUGGGUGAGGGAUGCAGAGAGAGAAAGAAAGCUCCAGGCAGACUGAUCGUACUGGACUGAGGAAAACAAGCUCCUUCUUCAACCUUUUUUUUCUCUUUUCUUUCACCUGGCCUCUGCCCUGUCAGUCGUGUAGGAAUGGCAGCGGCAUGCCAGAAUCCAGGUGUGGCUUUAUGCAUUUAAUGUGAUGGUAUUUGCAGUGCGUGUAGGCGUUUCGUCACGUUUUGAUACCGUCAAACAGACUCAUCUCUCCAAGGUUUGCAAAUGUCACGUCACCUUGAAGGGAAGGUCCUGCCGCGGCUGAGGAGGUUCAACAAAGUCCAAAGUCUCUGGUGUUUUAUGAUGGCUCUGGUGUAGUAACUGCUCCCUUUUUAUCAGCAGUGUGUGUGCUGAAAGUUGCUGAGUUCAUUUUUUUCAUGGCUGUGAAGAGUGUAAUUAUCCCAUGAAUGAAUCACUCCAAUUAGACGUGCUGUCAGAUUGCAGCACUCAAUGAAAAGUGGAAAUGGCAGACUUUGGGGAGAAGUGAAUGGUAAAAGGAUGAGAAAGAGUAGAAGUGAGAGUCAUUCUUGUUUACCACUUCAUUUGUAUUUUCUAUUUUAAAGUGACUCUAGAUGUACAUAUGUGUAAAACAACCUGUUCCCACUGCUUUGCAUGGAUAAUUUGUUGGUUUGAGAGACAAGGGGACUCUCUUAGUUGAGGUUCCUGGAGGACUUGAAAAUGAAGGACAUUUCUAAUGCUGCUGUAUUUCUCUGAGUAAAGUGGGAAUCAUCAGGAGGGUUUGAACACAUAACACUAAUGACUGAGGUGUUAAUUAGCGAGAAUCCAGGGGUACAGUGUGUAUUAUGAUAAAGGGAGCACAAUUCUAAGCAGGUCCAUUUGUUGCCAUUUAUAAAAAUCUUCAAUUGCAAAAUCUUGUGCAGCUUUUCUUACAGAUGAAAAAAGUAGAAUUUGCAUUUUGAGUCCUUAUAACAUCCAUUGUCAUCGCACAUUUGCACCAUGAAAUGGAUAUUUUCCUUUGUGAAUUGAGUAACUUGAAUUGUUGCGUGUCCUAUUAAUCAAAAAUAGUUGAGCAAUUUUGCAGUUUCACUCAACAUAAUGUAUUACAAUAUAAUAUAACCCAGCAUCAAAAUCAUUCUAUCAUCUGGGUUUUUCUGUUUGAACAAGUUGUCACAAACGCUCCCCGGUGCCAGCUUGUCGUAAUGUGACUAAUAGAUGGUAACUUUUUCCCGUAACGUCGGAUUAAAUGUUCUAAUAUUUUGGACCGCUCAUCUGGAAAACCAAAGUGGGCUCUUAGAUGUUAUUGAUUAAACCAUCAGUCAGUUGAAAGGGAAGAUAAUCAGGAGAUAAACUGAUUUGUAUCUGGAGACAUGGAUGUGAUUACUUUCAGAACUCGAAUGUUUUGGCUUUGUCACAGUGUUUUUCAGUGUGAAGUGAAGCAGAAGUGGCUCGUAUGUUGAAAUCUUUUAAGACCAGUUGUGAAAUGAUUGGUAGUUGAUGGUGAAGGUGGCGAAUCUUUCGAGUUCCUACAAUAAUAAUUUGUUUGACCACAAUGUUGCAGCACUUUCCAGUUUGUAGCAUAUUAGAUAAGAUUAUAUUAGAUUUUUCCUUUAUUUUAUUAUUAAGGAGUUAUCUGUGGGACAUUCAGUAUGCGUUCAUUAUUAUUUUGAGUUUUUAAAUAUAUGUAUAUUUUUUGCUUUGAUUAUUAUUUUUGUUGUUUUUAAUAUUCUCAUUGGUUUAGUUUGUUUUCAAUUGACUAUCUUGUGUUGCAUGCACAUGUCCGAAAAGGAAUAAAUAAUUAAAAUGAAAAGUGUAAUGAAAAUUAUGGAUACCAAUUGCAGAGCUAGCACCACCAGCCUUCAGUCCUUUUGUAAGGUAAAUUCAAUCCUGCCAAAUUGCGCCAUGCUUCAAGAUAUGCACCUGUCAUAUGCGCUUGUUUACAUCGUGGUGGUAGAGAAUAGUCAUCGUUGUUGGAGCUACAGCCCCCACUAGUGGCAGGGGGCUGCACUACAGCUUUUACACGACACAUGAAUAAGCACAAUACUAACUUGUUUCACUGAGUUUUGUCAGUGCUGAAUUUUUGUGCUGACUUGUAAAGAUAACAAGAGCUUAUCUCAUAGCCGGCUCAACAUGCUCCAUCCUAGUGACAUCUUUGUCUUCGUCAUUGUUGCACAAAGAAAACAUGAUGUUUGAAGACAUAACUAAAGAUUUAUGCUUAAAAUUUGUAUUUUAGCUCAGAGAACUUGUCAUUUGUGUCGUGCAGAGAAUCUACUAACUAUCUCUGCACUGUUGAGCAGCUUUGGAAACUAAUAUGGCUUAUCCAAAAGUAAUAUAGCAUGUAUUUAAUUUUGGAGUGAGCUGAUGGCACCACAGAGUUUAUUAGUCGUCGAAAACGACUACCAUGAGACUGUCUGCAUUAAUAUCAGGCUUCCACUAAUACACUGUGUUUGUGGACUGAACAGCUGCAUCCUUUAAUCCCCUGUUGUGUUCUGUAAUAGCUGAUUCCAACAGGGAAUGAUCCUUUUACCUGCUUGUUCAUGUUCUCCGUAGUUCGAGCUUCUUAAGGAACCGCAGGAGGCUGAAGUUUUACAGUAAAGGAGCCAGAAGUCCGACAAUGGUUGACUUUCACGGCUCUUCUGAGGCGGUUUGAAUUUUAACUCUGGACCACAGGCGAGAUCCUUGAGCUCUCCUCCUGCCAGCCUCCCUUUUAUCUCCUAUAUGUGUGUGUGAGUGUGUGUGUGUGAGUGUGUGUCCCUGUUCGUCUUUGCGUGUGCAUUUUGUUCCCUCACUUCAGCUCCUCUUGCUCUGCCUAUUUGUUGACUUCCUGUCGAACAGCAGCUCCUUCCCUCCCUCCCUCCUCUUCCUCCCUUUCUGUUGCUCUCCCUGUUGUUCGCUGCGCCCCCUCCUCUCUCUCUCCCUCUCUCCCCUUCUCCUUGUUCUUUAAUCCCACCCUCCCCGCGCCUGUUCCGAUGUCAUCUGGUCUCUUAUGUAAGAGGCAUGGGAGGAGAAACGGCUUUGGUGCUUGGGUGCCAUACGCCCGACCUGCCGCCGUAGUCUCGCUCUCCCUCAUGCGUUGUGGUGGCACCGGAGCGUUUUCUCGCCAUUAGCCGGCUAGUCAGAGACACAGAGAUAGACAGCGUGGCACUGAUGGUUGUACAUGGGGAUUCCAGUGCCCCUUUGCACAGGUAAGAGGAGCUCCUGUAACUCGAGGAUGACGGCAGUUCGUCUUCUCGUAGCGUUCAGCAGGUGGCGAAAGCAUGAAAGCGUUGACAGCUCUCUUGAAUAUUCAUGUUGCCUUAGGUGAUGCUUUUCUCUCUGCUUAUUGAGACGUGCAACUUCACAGAUGCAUCCUAAAAGGCAGUCCAGAGAGUCUCUUUGAUCAGAGCUGAAUCAAGCUGACUGGCUGUAAGAAGUGGUUUGUGCGGAGUAGUGCUGCGACGUUGUUGUUUUAAACGAGGACAGGAUAUGAGAAAUGUGCAAGCUUAGUUUCUGUAAAAGUCCUUUUUUCUGAUUCAAGCGCUUACAUUGUUUAAAGAAUGGAAAAAUUCCCACUGUAGUUUCCAAGAUGUCCUCUUUGAAUGUCUUGUAAUGCUUGACUAAGAGUCCAAAACCCAAAGGUAUUUAUUUAAAGUGGAAACAGAAGAUGGAUGGUCUCAUCGUUUAGAAAGGAUAGCUAAAUCUAAAAACUGAUCGUUGAAAUAGCUGCAGAGUCAUUUAUUUAUCCUUCUCUUGCAUAACGAGAAACUUUCCCAAACCUUUUAACCUACGAGUGAAACAUUUCUGGACUCUGAAUGUCAGCUGCAUCUCAUAGCUCCAGGAAUUAUGGAUUUACCCGUGUAGAGGCAUAAAAGCUGCUGGUCUUAAAUGCAUCAAAGAGUGUGUGUACGUCAAAGCUGUUCCUCCGUAAGCCAAUAGCUGGAGGUAAUCUCACAGCGAAGGUGAUUUUGACCCGCUUUGUCUGGUCUUUGGAAGGCGUGGGGGGGUGUCAGUUUGCAGGUUUUGAUUGUGUUUUCAUUGACUCGCUUUGUAUGAGAUUUGAAUGGAUCCGCGCUGUAGUCCAAGACAGCAUGUUCUCGCUCAUGCGUCACGCUUUCUCUCCAGCCACGGGUUUAUUUUUACCUCCUCAUGACAGUUCUCUAACACCUCAGGACAGUUACCUACCAGACUGGCGGCUGGAGGUGUUAGAGCCGAGCAGCCAGCAAAACCGCCUGAUCGGUGUUCAGCUGCAGAGGUAUUUUCCCAGCCUGCUGAUGAUGCUGAUGCCUAACAGAAGGCUUUUCAUGAGGACGGAUCAUUAACAGCUGUUUGGUUAUGAAAGAGAGGACAAUGAGCUGUGUUGACAGAUGACUCCCUGUCAUCCACAUGUAAUUGGGUUUGUCAUAUGUGAAUCUGUGCUGCCUGUCUGCCUGUCGGGCACCAUUUAAAAAAUCUAUCCUCUUAGAGCGAGGGAUGUCAAUCUAUGUAAUUAUUACAUAAUGACUGACAGAAGUUUCAAACGUCCAUCAAAAGUUGUUUGCCAAAUCCAUUUGUUGGUUCAGUAGACAUUAUGGUUUUAAUUAAAUAUUUGCAUAUCUGUUUUUUUGAAGUGUCAAAGUGGUUUGGAGUCCGAAAGCUGAGAUAUGGAUUUUUAAGCAGAAGUGUCAACACUCCAGUACAAAGCUGUAACGAGUCUUCAGAGUAUAUCCUGAGCAGAGCACACACUCAUGAAGGAGAGCAACACGUCUUUAAAGCGCCAGUGGCUGUGAAUGUUUAUAAACUAACAAAGGGACUGAACAUUUUUACAACUAGUGCUCGACUGAUUUUAGUUUUUCAAUGGCCGAUCCUGAUUAUGAGAGAGCAGGUUGGCCAAUGGUUGAUUUAUAAAGCCAAUAUCACACUGACCUAUACUUAUUUAUUUGAUAUUUAAAGUACUGUCCAUGAGAGAUGGGAAAAAAUGCAUUUUAGUCAGGCAAGGGUAUUGGUGGUAUCGCACUAAUGAGGGCUGAUACCAAUAAGAAAGAAACAUUAGAGAGAAAUUUACUAGGGAUGCACAAUAUUUCGGCCAACAUUUUUUUUUGUCCGAUAUUUAUAUUGAUACUAGGGCCCAAAUCGGCCAAUUUCCAGCGUAGAGAACACCAAAUAUCCUCUGUAAUAGAAUUUAUCUGUGACUCUUAUUUUGAAAGUCUAUUUGUUUUGGAUUUGUUUUCAUAAUUCAGAGCAAACAUUCUUGUUAUUCUUCUUGUUAAAAACAGACAUUUGAUAAUGUACCUUCUGCCUGUUUAUGACCCUUCAAAAUAAAUUCACACAGUCAUGUAUAAGAUAGAAAAAUAAGAUAAGAUAUUCCUUUAAAUUCAGAAUUACAGCAGCAUAAAAACAAUUACAUAGAGAGAAAUUAAAGAAUAAAGAAACUAAGAGUUAAAAAAAAAGAUGCAUACAUGAGUCUUAUUUACUAUAUACAUGUGUACAGCAUAUACAUAGAAAUAUGAUUUAUUGCACACUGAGGUUUGGAAUGUAUACUCAUAUCAUUUUUUCAAUCCUUAUUUUUUGCACAGGUGUCAUUUAUGGCAGUGUUGAUAUUAACUUUUCAAAAGUUUCAAUUUGCGUCAAAUUUACCAAAAACUUCACAUCUGCUCACAACAAUUAAUGAAACUCAGCUUAUCUGAACACAUGCGGCUGACUGCUGGAGCCUGUUACUGUAAUAACCAGCAGCAGCUCUGUAGUCUUCAACACAUGAUCCUGUGGCAUGCAUAAGACCACCCCCCUCCAUAGUGAAAGACUGAACAGAGGGGCAGACAGACUGAAGAAACCGUGAUCAGAUAAAUUCCUGGAAGUUUUUCUGAGCGGCAUCCUUGUUAUGUUCCAAAGUUGCUUUUUCAUACAUGUCCCUUACAGCAUGUGGUCUUUCCUCUCAGAUAAGAGGGGUGGCGGGUGAGUCUCAGCAGACAGGACACGACACAAAAGCACGCAGCAGAAAACAGUGUGUGAUAUUAACAGCAGACAAAGCAACAGAGACCUUUACUGUGACCUAAUGACAUAACUCCUGUCGCAAUGUCACAUCAGCUUACUCUCAGUUUUUGCAGAGAUUUAACAAGAGGGCUGAAACUUCGCAUGUGUGACUACAACCUCAGAAACAGCAGGACUAACUGAUUCUUACUGAUGCAUUUGUGCAGAAAUUAGCCAAAAAAUGACACUUUAAACUGCGUAUUAAACAUGCUUGUCAAUUCGAUGCAGUGGAAUUACAUCAGCGCCCUGUCAGACUGUAUUCACAGAUGGAAUCCACGCCACUCUACAACUAUUAAUCACUCAUAAACUGGCAGUACGCUGUAAAUGAUGAUGGACGAUCAGCUGUGCAGCUUCACAUGUCUAAGAAAUGCUUUCAUCAUUAGUUAGUGCUGUCCAUAUCCUGAGGCAGCAGGAUGAUGUGUGUGUGUGUGUGUUUUAUUGAAGCUCAGUAUCUGCUCUCCUCCUCUAUCCACCGUUAAGUACGAGGUCUGGUGGACAGACUCUCCGACCGCCUGUGUGACUUUGACAGAGCAUUAGAGAAGCAGCCAGCUCAGAGUGCCGCCCGCAGCAGCCUCUCGUUCACGUCUUAUUACGUAACCAUUUGCGCCGGAGCCCUUAUUCUUUUCUUCUCCGGCCUGCGUGUCAUCCAGCUGAGUUAGCAGAUUUAUAAAUAUUUAUCUCACACUUCACGGUAUAACUUUAAAGCUCACGGCAGCAGAAUGCCCUCAAGGUAAAGGGCAAGUGCAAAAAUCUGUUGGAAAAGUUUGCACUUUGAUCAGAUCGUGUCCUCAUAAACAACAUUUACAGGAUGCAUCACCAAAGAAUAAUAAACAUGUAUUGAGGACAUAUGUUCUUAUAAACCCUCUGUAAGAAAUGAAAACAAAUAUUAAUAUUAAGUAAAAAAUGAGUUAUACCUUUAAGGUUGACCUGAUUAAAAACCUUUGUCUUCCAGAUUAAUCUCAGUAUAGCGUGUCAACAUAAAGACAUUAAAUAAAUGUGCAACACUGUAAUGCAGAAUGUAGCAUUUAGCUUGGUAAAUGAGACGAUAUAAUAUAUCACAAGACAUAAUAUCGCAAUACUAUGCUGUAUCGAUUAUUUCUCCCACCCCUAUUUAUUAGCAUGAAAGGUUAUGAUUUCAUACUCUAUAAAACUGCACAUGUGCGCAUAAAAAAUCAGCAGAGGCAACAAAUGUUUUUUCAUGUAAAUACCAUGGUGAAGUUAGUUUUAGGUUCGAUAUCUGACGAAAAUUAAGUGUGGAUCUACUGGUGUCUUCUCACUCUCCAUAACCGGGAAAAGACACAGCAUUGCAGUUUAAUCUACUCGGCAUCCUCGCUGUCAACGUUGGGUGUUGAAUAAGGGACCGUCAAUAAAUUACCGGGUGAUGUUCUCAGAAAAGGCUGCUUUCCUUCAAUAGCUUCCAUGUCAUGUGACCAAUUGACCUAAAAUUGAUUUCAAAUAAUAUUACUAAGGUCGAACAAUAAGACACACCUCUUUAUUUUAUAUCGUGAUACUAUGCUGUAUCGAUUUUUUUCUCCCACCCCUAGUAUUAGUAUUAAAGGUUAUGACUCCAUACUCCAUAAAACUGCAAACCACUGAUAUUAUAAACUCCAGCAGCUCUGUCAUAGAUAUUUAAAUAGAUUGACACAUAUCACAGCAGCUCUAUCUGUACAUAUACUACAUUGAGCCAAUCAGAGAUGAGUUUAGUGAGAGACCAAAGCAAUAGUAGUAACCCAAACCACUGCAUAGUGAGGUGUUUUUUUCCCAAGAUCACAAGUUGACCUUGAACCUCAAAGUCAAAGCCAGCAAGGAUCUUCAAAGUGCUUGUUGUCAUAAUGUUAGCAUAAAAACAUCCGUCAUACUAACCCUGUCAUUCUUUGUGGUUAGGUACUUUUCUGAAUUACGCCAGUUUGUUCCUAAUGAGCCUCACAGCCUUAGACAUACUCUCAUACUCUCAUACCCUGGUCGUGUCUGCCAGCUGAAAAGAAAAAACAGACAUCUUGGAUUUUACUCUCCUGAAUGUUCCCUCCUGGGUGUGGUUCAGAGACGGAGUUUUGCAGUGAGAAGUGUUACCGCUCUGACCGCCUGGGUCGGCAGUUUGUUCGAAGUUUUUUCGACGUAAUCAGCUGCAAACACACAGCCGUGGACGCUUCCUCGGCUUCCUCCCACUGAGGCGACGCCUCACAGCCGCAGAACCUGCUCUAUUGUUGUGGGUAGACGCUGAUGUUUUUAGUCUGUGUGUGUGUGUGUGUGUGUGUGAGUGAGUGAGCAGUGUGUUUGUGUAUUGUACCAGUGCUCAGCUGAGGCCCAUGCUGGGAAAAUGAGGCUGUCUGCUGCUUCUGCACAGGUUUGCUGUGAGAGUCAUAAAACAUUACAAGGUGGUGGACUUAUCCAGAGCCGAAAUAAAGUCAGCGGGGAUGUUUACUCUCUGUUUUUAUUUUUUUCCACUUGUUGUAUUUGAAGUUUGGCUUUGAGAGCUGGCUUAUAAAUGAAAACUCUGCUGUCGGGCUGCAUGCUAACGGCUGAACAUCUGUACAAAACUCUGGUCAUCAUUUUUCAUUCGGAGCUCCUAAUAGUUCACUGCUGAUAAAUAAGAUGUCAGAAAAAGACUCAUCUGUGUUAAUGCAAAGCUAACUGUAUUAGUUAGAAAACAAUUAUAGUAAAAUUUUCCAAACAUAGAAUUGUAUGCUGUAUUCAAGUUAGAGCUAAAAAUGAAAAUAUGAGCAACAAGUGAAGUUUUUCAGUUGAUGGAAACACAGGAGAAGACGACUAAUUUUAGCAAUACCUGAUCUGAAAAACACAGAUUUUUAUAAAUUAAAAUUCAGAAGCAUUUCAAGUUUAAAAUCUGACUAAAGGUCCUUACACACCUGGAACGACGCAAAUGUACGAUGCGAAAUUACGAAAUAUUCUGAGGCGAAUUUUGGUAAUAUGGUAUGUUGUAUCUGAACAGGUUAGCUUACGAGCUAAGGUUACUUAGCACAGAUGAAAGUUAAAACAAAAACGUUUAGCAAAUUGUUAAAGCACACAAACCAUCGUCAUAUGAGAAAUCCAACGCUAUGACUCUCCACAAGUUGUCCUUCAGGUCGUUAUCUUUGUAAUAUUUGUGUUUUUUAUCAAAAAGUACUCUGUUCUCCGACACCUAAACAAUCAGCUGGUCGGCCAUGUUGGACAUACCGGUGAAUCAGGUGUUGCAACAACACGAAAGCUGAUUGGUCAGAAGUGGACACACAGUAUGCCAAAGUUUAGAAAAUUCGACCGUGAUACGAAAAAAUAAAUGCCGUAAUAUCACAGGACGGGAAAACAUCGCUGAUGUGAACGCUUGUAUUGACAGGAUACAGGUUUAAAAAAAAUAUUGAUGUCCAAAAUAAUUGCAUGAAAAAACGCUCCCGGUGUGUAAGGACCUUAACAGACACACAAAGGAAAGGCAAAACACUCCAAAAAAAACCCCAAAACACUCAUGUUCCUCAUCUUCUGGAUUGAAAUUUGAAAUUUUAAGCACUCAGUCCUGUUUUUUGUUUUCUUUUAAAUUUAUUUCUUUAUUAAUAUCUUUUUUUACACCUCAGGUCACUUCUUAAAGUAGCUGAUAGAAAUUAUGUCACCCUUUACUUAAUAUUCUAUUUUGUUCAGCAUGUCUGUAUUAUAUUAAUACAGAAUAACUUAUUUAUUCAGCAUUGGACACUUUGGGAGCUCCAUAAAAUCACUUAAUCUUGAAACAUCUUCAAUCUCAAUCACUUUUAUUGGAUUCAUCCUAAUGAAACCAAACUAUAUUUAAGUUUUCUUCAUUUGAUCACCACCUGAUUUUUGCUUAAAAACUUCUGAAAUUAAUAUCUGCCGUCAUAAAUCCUCAAAGCCCUGAUCCACUUCUGUAAAACUUUGAGUAUUUUUGGGUUGAUCCCUCUGUCCUUUAUGAGCCGAGACUCCUCCAAACCCCUGUGUCUAAUGUGAUCGCGUUAACCGCUCUCCCCUCCCCCUUGUGUGUUUCUCCCAGCAGGGCUAUGUCCUCGGCAGCCACCACAUCUCCAUCUGUGGACAAAGUGGACGGAUUUUCACGGAAGUCUGUCAGGAAGGCCAAGCAGAAGCGGUCGCAGAGCUCGUCCCAGUUCCGCUCUCAGGGCAAACCUAUAGAGCUCACGCCCCUGCCGCUGCUCAAGGGUAAGUGUGGAGGAGGGGGAGGUGUAGCGUGUGUUAUGUAUGUUAUAUGUGGGUGCGCUCGGGCUGAAGGGGUGAUGAUUACUCAGCUUUAACACUGACAUGAGCCACAAAUAUAGUCCCUUCAGUGAAAUUCGCCAGCUUGUAGCAUCAAAUCAUCCUCUCGCUCUCCAAAUCUAAUGAGGGGUAAUCCGUUCAAACUGUCCCCGAACACCUUUCUCUGGAUUGAUAUUGAUCACCCCGCUCCACAAGUUCACCUCACAGAAAGGUGAGAGUUUCUCUCAAACAAAAACUUCCCACGAAUCCAGCGAGCAGACACUUUUUGUCUUUCAGUUCCUGCUCAGUUGACCGGGGGGAAAUCUCGCAUGCAGCAGAUCAAAGAGCAUUUCAAAUAAAAGCCGACAGCCAUACUGUCGAACGACCUGUUUGCUCCGGCGGGCGGAGUAGUGGAAUGCAAAUUAUGGAGGGCAGACAAAAACAGAGCUGGAUGUACAAUCUCCUUUCUGUCAUGCGUGUGAGACGGGCCUAUACAUAGAACAUGUUUUCAGUGGUUAACAGAGGUGAGCUCAAGCCUUAGACAACCCCACAUUACAAUACAGCGGACCGUUUAUUUAUCUGCUGACAGAAAAUGACAGGUUUGAACUUCUCUGAGCACCAGAGAGGGGGAUUUAAAGCGUGAAUAUAACCUCGCUGAAUGUCCAGUAUGGUAUGUAGUUUUGCAGCAUUUUCACACAGCUAAUCCUUCAACUCAUCACACCUUUGCUUACUCAGGUGUCCAGACUUUGACAUGUAGUUUUUUAUCUUUGUGAACAUGGAAACAUUUAUCCUAGUCUGUUUAGGGAUGCACCGAUCCGAUAUUUGGUAUAUGUAUUGGUCCUGAUACUGAAGAAAAUUCUAGAUCGUGUAUCGUGACAAUGGGCCCGAUCUAUUUGGUCAAACUCUAUUCAAUGCGCUGUGAGUGGCAUCCACAAGUAAACACGCUAAAAUAGAGCAAACAGAGGGGUCUGCUACCUCGAACUUCGAUACCUGCACAGUAAACGCUACAAGUUACAACAAGAGGUAAUUCAGCGUAGCUUUUAUGUAUCGGAAUUGGAUCGGUAUUGGCCGAUACUCAACUGUAGAUAUCUGUAUCGGUAUCGGAGGUGGAAAAAGUGGAUUGGUGCAUCUCUAGUUUGGUUUAGAGCAGACUUAACGUGACGUUUCAUAGCAAUCUCAUAAAGAGCAGUGAAUGAAAUGUCCUUGGAGUGUGCCUGUCCAGGGGCUUAUCAUGAAUUUAAGGACAUUAGGGGCUGUGCAUGGACCCCCCACACCCCCUACACUGAAACAAAAUCAUGCAAAGAAAACCAGAACAUAUUCCUCUGUAUUCUUCUGCCUUGUUCCUGAGUCUGUCUCAUCUGUUUGUCUAUUUUGUGCACACUUGUUUGCGCCUGAGUGUGCGUGUGAGACAUGCCGAGACAGGUAUCACAAUCAGGUGAUGACACAGACACAGACACAGCCAGUGCUGCUUUCUUUGUCUGUGUCACCAACAAGAAAAGAUGCCAGAACUUUUGAUUUCCUGAUUCCUCAACGGUCGAGUGAAAAAAAGGAAAGUGUUGAUUUCAUACAACCAUCAAUCCGUGACUCUGUUUUGGUGCUUGUCCUUCAACAAGGAUGUAAUGAUGAACUAAGAUUUUGUGUCAACAUGCGGUUGGAGAAGUAGAGGCUUUGGACAGUUGUUUUCUUUCUUGGGAUUUCUCUGGUAAUCCUUUUGGGAUUGCCUGAUCCUCAUUUUGGAGUAUUUCUCACCAGGGAUUAAAGUUAUUAAAGCAGAUGUUCAGAUGUUCUCCCAUCCUCGUUUUCAGGAAGCAGAGAUAGCAGUGACCUCCAGACGUGAUGAUGCUCGAUUGUUUCAGGACACUUUGGGUGUAGCUAACACAAUAAGACACCACCUUCCUUUUUUGCUUGUGUAAAUACAGCGUUUUUAUGGCGCUGACGGCAGGAAUGCUGCCACACAGAAACCAGACAGACUCAUCCCCUGUCUGUCUUUGAGGGAGAACCCACUUCCUGGUUCCUUUCAGGCUGAGGCCCCGCCCUGCUACCACACAGAAGGCGGGACGUAGAGUCUGGACACUUUGUAUACAGUAUGUGUGUGUGUCCAUUUGUGUGUUCUCGCUCCUCGCCUACUGUCCUUAUGUAAACAUCCACCUGCACACAGCAGCACACCUGACCCACACACUCCGACUUACAGUUGAUCCCAUUAGUCGACACCAUUAGUUAAAGUACACCGUGUUUGAGAGAGAUCCAUUCAUGCCAGGCAUGUGAAUUCUUUAAGAGGAAGACAGAACUGCUGUUCCUAGAGAGCGUAAUGACUCAGUUCCUUUUUUUUUUUCUUAAAUCCACCCUGACAACAACCACAGUUUUCUCAAAGACAAAAAUAUAAGACACAUGGAUAAGAUUCACUUGUGAGUUAUUUUGUAGUUACUGAAAUUGUUUGAAAUCUUCAGUUUUUUUUCAAGAUUGAAGCAGUAAAAAAUGACGCCUUGAGCAAAGUCAUUACCAGUCAUUCCCUCUAAAAUUUGAUAGUUAUUUGCUCGGGUAAAGAAGUGAUUCCCUUUUCUCAAAUUGUUUGUUUUAUAUUUCUCUCAAUCAUGUUUGGGCUUUUAUGUCCUUAUUGAGAGACGGCACAGUGAAUGGAGUGUAGUAUGAAACUCAACGAGAGAGUAGAGUAAGGAAUAGCUUGUGGUAGGGCUGGGCGAUAAACUGAUAAUUUAUCGAUAGCAAAAUUUAUGACAAUAACCAAUGUCAUUUUGCCCAUAUCAGUAUAUUUGGUGUCAAAAAAUUAAAUAAAUAAAAGUUGGUUUUGGAUGUGUGUAGGUAGGCUAUGGUCUCAUGUCCCUUUAAGGCGCUGUCCUACGUCAGAGACGUGACUCCACCCCAUCCAGUCCGUAACAAAGAGGUAAAGACAGGUGAGGAGAUGGAGGACGGUUCAAAAGUUGUAAUUAUUGUCCAUUUAUCGUUAUCAAGGUGAAUUUUUUAAUAUAUCAUGAUAUUGAUUUGAGGCCAUAUCGCCCAGCCCUAGCUUGUGGUAAAGGGUUGAGGGUCAGAAUUGCAUCUGGGCUGCCUGCUUAGAGGACUAUAGCCUCUUUACAUGGGGAGUGUCAGUUGAAAUAGCACCACCUCAUUGUGCAAAUUCACAGCAUUUCCCCCCUUGGUCAGUAUCAAGAUUUAUCAAUAACUAUCAUUAAAAAGCACAGCAGAAGGGUGAGACAUGAACUGUGUUGGGGUAGAUAUCAAGGACUCAAAAAGAUAUUUGUUUAAAGUCACAGUUUAACGCGCUAUCAAUGAAAAACUCCUCAUUUAAACACACAAAGAAAGCUUCCGGUGGGGCACCAAUACUUAAUUUUACCUUUAAACCCACCUUUGAAAAGGGAAAUAGCUGCUUAUAGCUGAAGAUUUUUGGGUAGCCAAAGAGCUUUCAAAGGGGGUCCAACGCUGCCCCUGACCACCCCUCUGCCUGGACAUGCCCCUGCCCUUUGUAAUUUUAUCAAGCAGUAACCUUUGAUUUUGAAAAGUGAGGACACUGCAGUUCUUCAAGAGUCCACUUAGCCAAAAAAACCCAAUUAGAGCUCAAAUUACAGCUCCAAUGAUAAAUUUUUUACUGUAACAACCUUUUAUUACAUGUUUUGCUGUAAAAAUUCUCAUGAACUUGACUGUUAAAAAAGAGCAGGAUAGAUAUUUCGUCAAGGAACAUUAAUAACACUUGUAGGUCAUUACCAGCAAAGAUAGCUCGGUCUAUAAGGGUGCAAAAAUCACAAACCAGAGCUUUAAAAUGUCUAUUUUUAUAACUGAAUUAAACGUGUUUACAGCCUAAAAAAAAAAAAAAACAGAUUUGAUAUCUGAUCUUUUUUAAGCAGUUGUAUUUUCAGUCUUGGUUACAGUGUAGUUGAGCAAGAUACAGUACAGUACAGUACAGUAAGAGCAUCAGUCUAAAUGUACUUGCGGUUCCCAGUCGGGUUGUGGUGUAUUUAUCGAUGUCAGCGACUGAACUGGCACAUGGUCUCGUCUUUUUUCAGCUCCCCCCUCUCCCCCCCCCCCGCGCGCUUCAGUUUCACACGUUCACUUCACAUUCACACGGCUCCACUCAUUUCUCACCUCCUCAGUACAAUCGCAGUCUGCUGCUCCCCUGGAAACGCUGCUGUCGCCCAGCACAGCGGCUUCAGGAGACAGUUCACUCACAACAGAGUUAAACCACCCUGAAUACGGAAUAAAGUCGAACAUGCACCCAGUCGAUGUAGCCUGUAGUGUGUAGGUCUGUUUUUAGGGUGGUGUAAAGCCUCAGCUUAGUCGUGCAGAUAUAGGUCUUGUCAUUAUCUCCAACUUUCUGCUCGGUUAGAAUGAACCUGAGAGUUUCAGACGGUGGAGUGUGCAGGUUGGCUCCCAGACAACCUUUAAUAAGCAGGGUUGAACAUUUUUAAUGACUCUGGGUUCAGCCAGAGGUUUCUUUAGCACCGAAGAAAAUGUUUUGGCAAAGCAGGACCAAUGUCACGCUGAUAUUUGUUGUUUGAACGGUAAGAAGGGUGGUUAUAUGCACAUCACGUCGGGUCAGGGCUAUCAAAAAACAGCAGAGAGGGAAAGAAGACAAGUCUGCGUGCUUACUCAAUGCCGCAGGAUGUUUGGUAAUCACAACGUUUUGACACAGUAUUUUUUUUGUUGUUGUUUUUGCCUUUGAGAGAAAGUGUAGAGAGUACCGCCAAUACUUGUUUGAUACUUAAUUUAGUCACUUUAUUACCUCAGAAAAGAAGGUCUUCAUUUGUAGAUUCGGUUCACCGGUGGGUCAGGCUGAUAGACUUUUAUAUUCAAUAGCCUUCAGCACCCUUGGAAAGCAUGUAGCUGAGUGCUAAAUGCAUUUAUUCAGUUGAUUCGUAUAUAAUUUUAAUGAGAUUUUGAUUUUAAGAUUAGCCUAAAUUAGGGUUCCUACAUAAGUAUGGAAAGUAUGGUGAAGUAUGGAAGUAAUUUGAUCAACUUCCAGGUCAUAAAAGGUACGAAAAAUGAAAAAUAAAGUAUGGAAAAAUAUUUAUGUUUACAGACUAUAUCACCACAGAUACAAAAUAUUGUUUUUUAAGAUAGAAAAGAAGGUAUUUCCAAGAAUAAUUCCAAGUAUGGAAAUUCCAACAGUGUAGGAACCCUGCUAAAUGAAAAUGGACAUUUUCUUGCCCACUUUUCCCUUUGACCUCCUCGUAGUUAACCAAACACAAACACAACAACAACCAGCACAGAUGAAGCGUCUGUUUCCUGAAGCGUCAGAGCCUCAUGAGUUGUUUUGGACUGGUCUAGUUUGGCAGCGUUAGACCUCCAACCUUCCACAGUCUGCUGUCAAAUUUGCCCAAAUUCUGUUUCCACCAAUUUACUCAAAUAUCUGAGACAGGACUCUGCAGCCAACUGGAAUAAAUGUGUCUUAAUAUGAGACGCACAAGACGAAUUUAAUGAAUUACAUCAAUUAGAAUCUUAAAUCUCAGAUUAGGACGUAUCCCCAUCUCCAGAUCUACCAAAACAAACAGGAAGUGUUUUUUUUCCUGGAUGCCUCUGUGUUUUACUGCUAGCAGUUUCACAGUAAAAUACUAUUAAAUGAAGCUUUGCUGGAGAUGCUCUUGUGUUCUGUAGUUCCUUCUGAGCACCUUCAAUAUAAAAGUGUACCACAGUCUGUUGUUUUCGAGGGAGCAGGAAUCUCUCACAUCAGGAAACCUUCACUUCGGUCACAAGACGUCUUCCUCUCACCUCCGCGCCUCUCUCUUUACUUCCUUAUAUGUCUGCAUAAACCAAGUGGAAGAAGAGGGAUUAAGCUGGCUUCCUCCUCUUGUCUGUUGUGAACUUUAAGCUUCAGAUAAACAGAAGACUCUGUGACGAAUGCCAACAGGCCUGCGUUGAACCACCGGGCAGUAAAAUUGAAUUUCAUAAAUGAAGUCAACCGCCGUGGCUCGUACGACCCGAACACGUGUGAGGCCGUCAGGUGCGCCGCACAAUGACUGUCUUUUGUUGUCUCCUUUUACUUACAGCCUCCUCCACCUUUAAUCUCUCAGCGUUAUAUAACUGCCAGGGAGAUGUGCGUUAGGCAGAGAUGUAUUUUAUUAACAGGCUGGCAGUCUCUGAGGUCGCCCCAAGGCUCAACCCAUUUGGGAAUGUUUUAGUGCGGCGUUCUAGAAAGAGGUCAGGGAUAUAGAUAUUUCUGUACUCAAAGAUUUGAGUCUUUCCAAGGUUGUUUUCUCCUCUUAUUUUCUACCUCCUUGUCACACCUUUAAUUUCAGAUCUAACAUUUUAGCUCCUAACCGUGCAUUCCUGGUUUAUUUAUGUUUACCAAGACUAUUUAUUUAAUGAUAAAGAAAUGAGGAUACAAUAGUUGUUUUUUAUUUUUAGGACACCAUAGAAACCAAAACUUCCGCUGUAACUCAAUCGGGAUUUCCUGUUUUCUUGCUUUCUAUUCAUUUUUGAUACCUGUAGAGGAUGUUUUAAAAACUCUGAGGGGAUGUGACUCCUUUUUUUUUUGUAUUUUUAGGCGACACCUCAACGUAAACAAACACACUCUACCGCCUGUCCUUCACUUAAACUUUCUCUUGGGGCUUCACAUUUUCAUAUUUCCUGUUUUCAACAUUUUGAAGAAGAUGCUCAUAGCUGUGUGGCUUUCUCUCCAUUUCCAUAAUCUCUCUGUGUUUACCUCCCGCCUUGAGGUACACAUCCACAUCCACACAGCAGCAGCAGCAGCAGAGGUAGGCGGAUAUAUCCGGACAGCUGUGCUCGGUGCUGCUGGUUUCUGAAGACUGUGAAAGUACAUCAUCAGGAUGCACAAAUCACAUCUUUUUUCACCCAGCCUCUCCAACUCCUCUUCCUCCUCCUUCUCCUUCGUCUUCUUCUUCUCCCUGUGGAUUAAUCACAGUUACAGGUCAGGCCUGUGCAAAGCAAUCACCCAGAGGGUCUCGGUGAGGUGCACUGGAUUACAUAAAUCCCACCGCUGGCUGCUCAGCUCAUUCCUACACUCUGAGAGGAAGAUGAGGAGGGUGCAGUUUCCUCAGGGGGAUCCCUGGGCACUGUUGAUGACGCAUGCAGGAGGAUUAUUAUUAUAUUUAUUUCACAAUGGAGUCAGUCAGUGUCUCCUCAUGGUCAAAGCCACACCCUCAGUGUGCAACAGAUAAAGACAUGCCUCUUUUUUCAAUGGUUAAAAAUACCUCCAAUACAGAAUGAAGAUUUUCACCCAAAUCCCCAAAUUUUAAUGCCAUGAUUCAUAUUGAAUUAGCUUGUUUUGUGUAUGUAGGAAAUCAAAGUUUAAAGACUUUUUUACCGCCGUCUCAAGUCGAGAAACUUAACCUUCAGUCAUGAAACAGGCUUAUUUUAAGAGUCAGUAAACAAACACAAAUAUGGAAGCAAGUUUGGAUCAUAAUCCAAAUGAAAAAAGAUAAACAGAAUUAUGCAUUUUCAUAAGGCGAGACUCUCAAUUUACCGGUCGAUCUACGUGCCGACCCUCACCUAUGGUCAUGAACUUUGGGUAAUGACCGAAAGAAAGAGAUCAUGGAUCUCCUAAGAUGUAAAGUGUCUUUUGUUUCCUCCAUGUUUUUAUUGAGGCUGCAUUUGCAAAAGGAAAAAGAGUUUUGAAGACAUUUCAGGGGCCAAUUCAGAGUCUUGUUGUGCAGUUUUUUUCGCUCAAUACUUCAAUACAUGUCUGGUAGAAAUAUUAAACUUGCAUCACGCAGAACGCUGAAAUUGUACGUGGAGGGAUAUCUCUAUAAAGUUAAGUAGAUACUCACUUUAGCUGGUGUGACUCCCAAUACCGUACAUGAAACACAAACAUUUGGGUUCAAAUCUAAAUCACAUGAACCCCCUGGAUAAUACCAUCCCAGUGGGCUUAGGUGGGACGUUGGAGUAUUUUAUCUUCACGGGCCACAUGAUGGCUGCUUUGAGAACUCAAACUGAAGCAGUUUUUGAACCCACUCUUGAGAACUUUUGGCAAACCGUUCUUGAACGAGGCUCUUUUUCUUCUCGUACAAGGCUCAGGUCUGACUACACAGAUCCCAAGUGUGCCUGUAAACAACUUUUGGGAAUGUGAAACAAAAACAGACUGAACAUGGACACCCUGCCGGAACUUCCUGAAUCAAUAAAGGUUGAAUUAAAAAAAAAAGAGAGAGGAAAUUGGACACAUUACCUGCUCCAGCUCUAAAAGUCAUAAACAUUCAUUAGAGGAGGUCAGGAAAAAUUGCCAGCAAGCUCUCUGGUUACCCCCUCGGUUGGCAUGGCAACAAAGCGAUAUCUUUGCAUGGACAAAUCUGCUCCGUUUGAACAAAAAAAUAUCUCCACAGUGAUAUUGUCAAUAUACAUACAGUAGAGUUACAUAACCUCAUUUAAAUACAUGUUGCUUCCUAGUUUGAGCUUCUCGUUGCGUUACCAUGGAGAUGUUUGCUUAAGGAGAUAGAACAAAGAGUGCAAAUAGGAGAAAGAGAGAGGAGAGGUGAAGAGGCUGGCGGGAAACCUGGAGGAAGGAUUAGGAGUGCUUUAAUGUUCUGUGGCAAAGGAAGGACAGAGGGAGGAAGAGGAGGGGAAGGAGAGAGUUCCUGUCAGGCAAAGGCUAAACAUAAACAAAUGCAACUCCUUCUCUGUUUGGGAAUCGCUCCAUCCACUUAUGCUCCUGUCCCCUUUCUCUUUUUCUUUACAGGCAUAUUGGCAGCAUUUAAAUACUUAAAAUGACACGUCAGACUGUCAGGAUGAUAAUAUAAAACAAGGAGCACAAAAGUGUUGCAUAAUCAAACGCGUGGCGCUGGUACCCUGGUGAACCUGUAACAAAUAAGAGACGCUCCAGAAAGCAAAAGCAGAAUGAGUGAAUAUUUUUUAAGAAUUCUUUAACACUAUGUUAACAAAACACGUCCUUAGUGCUGUAAAAUGAAGAACCAGCGCAGACAUUUUAAAAAAAAGGAAUGCUAGCUUUAAUCUCAUUCACAAAUAUUCAUGUCAAAAUAACUUUAUCAGGUCCUGGAAACUCUGUUUUUUGGGGGGUUGGGGGUCUCUUUAAAGCUCCUUUGCAGUUUUUUGUAGGUUUCAAAUUAAGUUAAAUUGAAUUUUUGGGUCUUUUUAUGAUGUUAACUAGCAUAAAAUUCCCCUAACUAUAAGAGUGACUGUUUCUUUCCAGCUACUUUUAAAGUCGAAAACCCUUUUGUGAGGGGGUAGGUGUCAGAGAAGGUGGCUACUGUCGAUACAUGCGACAUGUUCCACGGCAAAUAUUUUGAAUGAGUAAAACAUGGGGCUUUGUUUACGGGGGCAAAAUCAACUCAAAGCAAAAGUUCCUUACAGGAUCUUUAAUGUAAAUAUAGUGUGACAGUACAAUGUGAAUAUUUCUGUGAAGUAAUUCAGGGCAGUCUUAUCGUAUAGAGAGUUCAUCUUUAAAGUUGCAGGUUAUAGUCACAGAGAUAAAACAUGAAUAUCAAAUUCCUACUGGAGUGUAUGUGUUGUUACAUUCUCCAAGUGUUGCAUAUCAGAGUGGCAUCCCCUGAGGAAAUUGCACAAUAAAAAGAAAAAAAUUGUUAGAAGAAAAGAAAAGUUUGAAAAAAAAAGUUGAAGCUUCACACCAUGACAGUAAUCCAAAAAGUAAUUUGUUUUUUUUGUUUUGUUUUUUUGUAACCUGCGUGUAACACAAAAAAGUAACUGAUAGCAAACAAACAAAACCAGUGAGAAAAAAAAGCAAGAAAAAAAACAAUAACAAUAAUCAAAGCAAAAAAGUGAAAAUUAAAAAUCAAAAAUACUACUAAUAAUAAUGCAAACGCAACAUAUCCUUAAAAGGAGUAGAAUGAAGCAUUAUACUUUUGUUAACCUACCCUUUCUCCUUUACUCAAUAAACAGUCAGUAGCCAGCAUAUUUACAUUAUAUUAACAAAAAAAAUAGAACAUAAAUAGAGUAAAUAAGUACAUUAAUCAUUUAUGAAAACACCCGAUCGUUAAAGCCCUUAAAUAAAAAGAAAAAAAAAAUUCACUCCAAAAUUGAGAAAAAAUUGCUGCUUUUACUCUGACAGUCAGUAUCUGCCUGAUGAGUAUCGGGUGAAUUUGUCGUCCUAUAAGCGUUUGUGAAUUCAGCUUUUCUCUGACUGUUCUCCUGGAGAUGAUCUUCUUUCUCACUGCUGCUCUGAGGUCUCACAAUAGACCCUGUUCUAGUCUUGGAUGCUGGGGUGAAAAAUAGGGGGAAAAAAAAAAACACAACCAGUUGGAUCACAUAUCUGAUUUCAGCAUCAGGUGGAGGUCCUCUUGUGGGUGAAGGUGUUCUCUUGUAGGUUCCCCUCGUGUCUUCGGCUCACGUCCACCUCGCACAGGAGGACUGAUGUGUCUCUGACCUCUCCGGGCAGCAGGCUCUUUAAAAAAAAGAGAGGAGCAGAAAAUAGAAAGAGAGAGACCGAGACGUACAAUACUGCACAGCCCGCCCCUGUCUCUCCCCGCGGCUUCCUCCGGUCUGAUCGGCCAAUGGAGCCCACCGACACGCUGCCUCGUCUUCCCUCCCCUCCACGUCCUCCCUUCAGGAGAAACCCGAUCCACGCGGUGUCUCUUUACAUUUUUCCAGCCCCACUCGCUACAAACAAGCCACAAGAGGAGCGUGGGGUUAGCUAAACUCCUGUUGUCCACAUGUUUGGCUCAAAUCAGCCCACACUGCGACGUUCAUGACUGUCGUUUUCUGCUCUUGGUGCCCAACAGGGAGAGGAGACCUGAUAAAGUGAGUGGCAGGAAUCAUGAAUGUGAGUGUCGGUGUGUUUUUCUAAAGAGGGGGUGCUCAGCAGUUAGCACAGUAGCAUUGAGAGUUAAAGUUAGCCUCUGCUGUCAAGGACUGUCGUCUGCUACCAGCCGGCCUGGCCUGUCAUGUGUUUGUGUGUGUGUGUGUGUGUGUGUGUGUGUGAGGCAGAAAGAGAGGUGGACUUAAAAUGGACUGGGAUUGGUAACAGAAGACGAGUGUUUUUACUGGCUGAGAGGAGAAUGGAAAGUUCAGCGGUGGAAUGAGUGCGUUUUUAUUUUUGUGAAUCCACUGGGCAGAAUGUGCUCGCUUGUGUUCAGGCAAGUGUGGCGGCGGCAUAGUGUUACCAAACCUGUCAAGAUUUGGACGCAGUUACAAAGACAAAACAUGCACACGCACACCGCUGAGUAAGUAACAAAGCUUUUCAUAUCCCUUUAGGAGAGUUUAGAGAGGAUUUUGGGUCUUCUCAGAUUAUAUUUACCUUGAUUUUAGGCAUGCUCAGUGAGUUUGAUCAUAUGAAAAAUUCCAGUUUUAAGAUACUUAAUUCAGUAUAUGUUAUGACACACAGGGAGCACUCGUAAGAAAAACAAAGCAGCGAAACUGAAAAUAAGUUUUUUUCUGACCAUUACGCUCCAAAAACCUCAUCUCUGCAAAAACAUGCAGAAAAAGCUGUAUUUGUUGGUUUUUGUGUUAAGUUUUGUGUGUCUUCUCCAGCCUCUGUUGCAGUUUCGUAACUAUACCAGCACAAUGUUCAGGUUAGAAAUAAUAAUACGGACAAAUUUCAGCAGUUUUUGGUGCCCAGGAAUCAAAGAUUAAAACAAAAAUUAAAAAAAAAGAUGAUUUUUGGUGUUUCUGCCUGAAGUUUGGAGAGGGGAGGGAAAAUAACAUGCACCAAAUCAUGCUUGACCAGGAACUGACCCUACAACCAGAGCAACAAGGGUUGUAUUCUUUGAACAUGGGGCACCCUAACGUUUGACUUUUACUAGAAUGAUAUCAAAUAACUAAAAACCGUCUUUUUGACAGUUCAGUCAAGAGAGUUUUGACUGCAAAGGUAGAUUUUUAGGUGUUAUUUUUUAUUAAGAAAUAUGAUCCUGCUUCCUUAUAAAUGUGUUAAAGUGAAACUAACUUUAAAAUUUGUUGUUGGCUGCAUGUUUUUGCAGAUGUCGAACCAUCCAGCAGGUCUGACAGGCGUAUGAAAGACAAUGCUCGGUGCGAUCACAUUGUGUAAGUCAGCACCAAAGACGUUCCAGCGACUGUUGAGGGUUGAUACUCAGUCCUAAUCCCUCAAAUCGGAACAAAACCAACCUAAUCCAGGUCAUGUCAGUGCAGAUUAACAUGCACUGAUUGACACACAUCUCCUCCCAAAACACACAGACACAUGUUGAUCAGCGAGCGGCUCUGCUCUUGUCUUAGCAAAAAGCUGCAGGAGGAGCUGGUGUUGACUGAGGCGGACAGGUACCCCCCCAGUGUUGCGCUACAGAGGAAUUCCUGCUAUGUGGUCCCUGAGAGCGAUGCAGCCCUCUCACCUGGAACCCGUGAACGCUGUCUUUGUGUGAAGUGUCCAGCUGCUGCUUUUAAAAACCUCCAUCUUUGUGCCAUUUUCGUCUGAGCUGAUACUGUCAAAACAGCUUCUUACUCAAGGAAACCUUUGACGUGGCAUAUCAGCUGUCCGGAGCUCAAACCUUUGACCGGUCAGCAAUGUGAGGGUCUGACUGUCCAGCAGUCUGCCAAAUAAUCUUCACUCCCCUUUUUGAAAUACAUUAACCACUUAAGUCCUCGUCUCAUUUGUUGUUUAUUGAUACUUUUUCAUAAUGAUUGGUUGACAUAUAUGUGUCAUGUAAGGUUGUAUCCACCGGUGCAAGGAGCAUCAUUAGCAUUAGAAGAAGUCACUUAGGUAUAAAAACACUCAGAGUGGACAGGCUUACUCGUUGAAUUGUAAACAGAGGCGACCUUUAACCCUGAUGGUUUUUAAUAACUGCUGAUCAGAGAUCAGAGAAACAGAAAGGACAGGUUUUACAGGGUCCUACAGUGCGACUGUUUAACUCGCAUUUGAGACUAAAAAUAGAUGUGUGCGAAUUGUUUUUAGGGGCACAUGUGCGCAUAUAAAAAAAAUCAGCCCAAGCAACAAGUGUUUUUUCAUGUAAAUAACGUAGUGAAGUUAGUUUUAGGUUGGAUAUUCAACGGACAUUCACUGAGGAUCUACCGGCGUCUUCUCACUCUCCAUUAGGGCUGAAACGAUUACUCGAGUAACUCGAGUAACUCGAUUAAUAAAAUUCCUCGAGGCAAAUUAUAUGCCUCGAGGAAUCGUUUAAAUCCGGAACCAUGUGCAGCGCACGGUGUUUGACACGGACGGUUAUUUCUGUUGCGCAGAAGCGUGCUCUUUCCGCUCCUUCCGCUGCCGCGCGUUUGGUUCAAUCAUGGAGGGAAACGAGGACAGACAGAAGCUGUGUCCGAAAUGGCAUACUGCCUGCUAUCUACUUACCUACUCAAGCAGUAGCUACUGCCUACUGACUACUCAAAGAUGAUUUGAGUAUGCCGCGGCUGCCCGAGCGUUUACACACAUACAUACUAAAUACCCCAGAAUGCAUUUCGUGCCGGCCGGACGCAGCGCCGGGAAAAUUUAAAUAGUCCUACCACAAGCUACAUAGAACGACUGCAUACCGGACAAAUUAUAUAAAUUCAUUCAAUAAUAAUAUUUUUUCUAGCGAGAAAGUAAGUGUUUACAUCACGAUUAUGAGCCCAGUUGUUUGAAAUAGUGGCUGUUUGUAAAUUUGUCUCGGCGUUUUCGGAGACCGAAGCGUCCACUUGGUCGGUGUUUGCGUCUAUUUACCGUAAACACCGGGCAGCAGCAGCUCCCCCUUCACGUUUCCAAAUUAUUGCGAAGUGUUUUCAUAAUCAACAUCUACACGACACAAACCUGGCGGCAGUGGAUGAAAAAAAUCACACAAACAUCCGUGUAUCCAUGGUGAUAAUGCUAUACACCACCUGCUAGGCGUGUGAUGAGCAGCAGAGGGCUGCAAAAUGACCAACACACAACAACAUGUAAAUAAAAAUGUAACACUUUUAUAUAUUGAAUAAAUGUACAUUUGCUUGUCAAAUUAUGUUAGUAUCCAAGAAUUAUAUUAUUUCAGCCUAUUAAUUAAACAAGUAAAAUUAGAUCCAAAGCCUGGAAAUAGUUGUGACUGGUUUAGUGAAAACUGCAAAGAUCAUUACCAUAGCAAUUAAAAGACCAUCUGCAGACCUUGCCUUCAGUAGUUUCAUGUGAACUACAUGGUAAAAUGUAAAACUUUUGGUUCCUGAUUUAUGCAGUAAAAAUAUUCAUUUGAAAGACCUGGCCUAUUUCAGUUUUGUGUGUUACUGAUGGUUUUUAAUGAGGCAAACGUGAUUCAAUGCAAAGUAUUACAGUGAGAGCAAAACAUUUCUUAUCCGAUUACUCGAUUAAUCGACAGAUUAAUCGAUAGAGUACUCGAUUACUAAAAUAAUCGAUAGCUGCAGCCCUACUCUCCAUAACCGGGAACAACAACAACAGCGUAGUUAAAUCUACUCGGCACCCUCGCUGUCAACAUCGGGUGUUGAAUAAGGGACCGUCAAUAAAUUACUGGUUGAUUUUCUCAAAAAAAAGGCUGUUUUCCUUUAAUAGCUUGAAGCCCUAACCCAAAAUUGAUUUCAAAUAAUAGUACUUAUUAGGGCCCGACCGAUUUAUUGGCGAGCCGAUUAAAUCGGCCAAUUUUAGCCCGUUUGAGACGAAUCGGUAAUCGGCCAAAAGUUGCUGAUUGUUGCCGAUAUUUUCAGAAAUAAAAUGCGGAGAAUAAAAAUAAAAAAAGAAGUAAAUAUGUAUUGUAUGUAGAUAUAUUACUUAAAUUAACAAACUUUUCAAACUUCAUAAAAAAUUUGGCAGAUUAAUCAGAUUUUUUUUUCCCCCGUAAUAAUCGGUAUCUAUACCAGUAAGACACACAUUAUUUGAUUAUUUUUCAUUGUGCCCCUAAUGUUCUUUGUGUGCUCCUUACUUUUUUAACUUAGGAACACAUGUUCUCCUUGUGAAAAAAGCUAGUGUUAAGCCCUGACCUAGAGGAGUGGUUUCUUAGUCCUGGUUUACUGGAAUCAAAAGCACACCAGAGAUAAGCCAGCUGUAAAAUCAUCAUAAAGACACCCAUUUGAACACUGCAGUGUGGCUUUGUCUGUUUUAUCCCACCUCUCCACACUGCCGUGUAAAGAUCCCUUCUUAGUGUGCUUGAUUACUUUCCUAGAAACUCUUGAACAUGUUUUUUGACAGGAUGAGGGUUUUACACCUCCCUCCUUUUUCAAUCCACAAGCAUUAGAAAGUUACCCACCAACCAAGAGGAACAGGAAGAACGUCUGCUGCAAACAAAAAAAAAAACCCUUUUAUUUAUGAGAAGAUGAGAACAAGACUAACCACACAUGCUUUGCAGGUUUAUUUAAUCUGCGUGUCUUUUUUUAUUUCAUGCACGUUUUUAGAGCAUGUGAUCACCUGCUUGUUUGCUCUCUUUAGGAGCUCGCAGUCAUCUCACUGUUUGUCAAAGUGAGAUACAUUUCCAGACUCUGAGUACCUGUGACACGUCGUUACCUAAACCCCAGAGUGAAAGUGGCUCGGGCUUGCGUAGCUCUGCCAUCUGCCGUGUUGUUGGCUCCGGUAGCUGGGAGCAAAGUUUACCCAGGAGGACUGCAUGUGUUAAUGAUUGACAGCAGCCUGGCGCCUCACUGAGACGCUUAUAUGAGACCUCAGAACAUGGCAAUCGGGGCAUGGGUGGUGUGUAUCUGGGUCAUGAACAUGCAGGGUAUUUAUACGUCGUGGUUCUUGUGUUGCACAAAUCCUGCCCUGUUACCUGUCCUGGACUCGCAGCUUUGUACUGUGCUCUGCUCCAUAAAAAACAGGGCCUUUAAUCAUCCGCAGCGUCAUAUGCGUACGCAGCUUCCAGUGUUGUUGUAAGAACAGGUUUCACAGUGUUUGCACAAUACCACAAUUUGACUACAUCACAAUAACAAGUAUGCUAUCUGACGCCGAAAUCUCCUGCAGCACAGUUCAGACGACAAAACCAUCGAGCUUUGUUUCCUGACACAUGUUCGUGAACGUUUUUUUAGUGCUCGAUUGUUCUUUUCGUUCCAGCGAUAUUCAGCCUCACACGUCAGCUGAUAAGUUAAUCAGCACAAAAUGAUUGGCUAGUGGUUACAGCUUUCUUAUUAAAGACUUCGUAUGUGAUUUUGGAAAGAGAGCGAAAACAUUAUCAAGCGACAAACACAAGCUUUGUCUUUCUUAUUCCUUGUACUUCUUUAUAUUAAAGCCUCUACCUGUGAACAGUCUGCUGACAACAAACAUGCCUUUAUUUUGAGGUUUUUUUUUUUUUAAUAUUAUGGUAUUUAACCACAAAGAUGGCGCUACAGUCAAGUUUAAGCUUCGUCACAAAUAGGGCUGGGCGAUAUGGGAAAAAUUUUCACAAUAUAUUUUUUCAUAUCAGUCGAUAUUGAUAUAGAUCACCAUUUAAAAAUUGAAAUUUAACAGUUCUUAUUGGUAGCAUGUCUUUUGCAAUACAAUAUGGCGUUGCGCUAGAGAAAGCGAAAUCAAUGGUCGUCUGUUUCGGCUGCACAGGUGCCAUGAGCUCCUUGCUCCGCUAGGGGUUUGUAACCUUUUGCCUUGUUUGUGCUCUGCCGCGUGGCACUGCUUCAGGUGGUGAAAAAGAUUUGAGGUAUUCCCCGACUUUGCGAGAACAUGUACGCAGCAUACUCUGCUUCAUGUCCGAUCUCCAAAAACCAAAAUAUCUCCACACCACAGUGCUGUCAGCUUCACGUGUUAAAGUGCCAAGGUUGCGUGUAGCUGUAGCCUGCCACUGCGCAGUUGUUUGCUACUUGGUUCUAAUUCAGCACAUGAUUGGUGGUCCCAGAGCAACUCUCCUUUUUAUUGGCUGUUCUUAUGGUCUACCAAAACAUGGCAGAAUGCAGACUAUCGAAAUUAAUUAUCUAUAUAUAUACCUUUUUGUUUUAUUGCCCAGCCCUAGUCACAAACACGCCAUCAUGACGUGAAGGGAGUGAAAAAACACCCUCAUUUAUGUGUUUUGCUCGCCGCCUAGAAGCUGCACAUUGCAUUCUGGGAUACACAGCAUGUGUAGACACGGUGAGCAGCACCACCUUUCAACAGCUAGUCUUCUUUUGUUAGCUCAUAACCAUGCAUCAAAGUAAAUAAACGCGAAUGGCAGACUCUCUCUCGUACACCGCUGCAGCCUCUAUUCCAGGUUUUACGGUAAUUUGUCACCAUUAGUAAAAAGAUGAAAUAGAAACUUUUGUGCCGCUCAGGGCGUUGGUGAUGGAUAAAAGUUUCUUCUACAACUUUAUCUUUUUUCUUCUUCAAGAUUCAAUUUAUGGGUUGAUCAAAGAAAUCUGUCGGAGUAACCUUGGACAGAAAAAAAGAGAAACCACAAAGCCAAAGAGCGCCGCAUCUCAGCUUCCACUGUGAUCCAGGUCAGCGUGUGUUUGACUGUUUGACUCAGUUGCCAUGGUUACAGCUGUUUCACUCUGACUGAUGUGGUCCGCUCUCCCCUUUAUCCUCCAUUUAUCUGUUCUAGCCUGGAACUUCAAAUCCGUUGAGAGUCGACAUAUAAAAAAAAAAAAAGUGCAGCCUGUCGAAAGAAAUCUGAACUUUUGACUUUGUGUUGAAAUCUGACCUGCAGUUGUUUCACCCUGUUAACACCAAAAGAAAACAGUUUGAUUAAAGGAGGUCCAAAUAUUUAAGGGCUCUUACAUAUUGUUAUUAAAUGCCUGAAAAGUCAAAACCAGAUUAUUUCAAAGAGUUCACAGUAGAUCACAGCGUCAAACCAACCUCUGCGUCAGGCUUCGUCUGUAGUGUCGGCUACAUCUGUCGUUCGUGUGUACAUACAUGUGAAUGUCAACACAGUGCCAUGCUUGUUGAGCAGUUGUUCAUGGGCAGAUUUACAUGGACAGCUGAUGAAAUGAUGCAGGGUCACGUCUGUCCAUUUGUUUUCUUUUUUUUUUUUUUUUUUCCUGACGACCAAACAGAGCGGAGCAGAUGUUAUGACAGUCAGUGUUUAUCGUCUCCUCUCUCCGUAAUCCUUUAUGUAAUGUUGACCCCGAUGGCUUAUAGGCUCUCCAGCGACAACAGGCGCUGCCGGAAAGAACCGUUUGCUUCAUCGGGGAACAUGACGCAUAGUUUCAGUUUUGACUGCUGUUCCUAUACGUAUGUGAGUGUGUGUGUUGGUGGGGGUUUAGUUUGCAUUAACAGAAGAGGAGCGUCACUAAAUCUGUUAAUCAAUUGUGUGGUUUAUGAUCAGCUAACCUCCUUAAACAGUUCUUUGAAAAAGCUUCAAAAAGUUCCUGUGGCUCAUUUCUUAUCUAAAAGAUAUUUGAAGCUCGAUAUCCUUUGACGUUAGCACUUUUAAAGAGGAAAUAGUCUUACUCCAAACAUCAAGAAAAUCAACGGCUAGUGAGUAACAGAAGUACUCGGAAAAUAAAUGAAUCACCGCUGUUUCUAUGUAGGCCUGAAAUCGGCUCCAAGCAGUAGACCAUCCACCCACCGCAAGGCCUAGGGCUGGACGACAAACUGAAAAUUUACAGAAAACGAAAUUUACGACAAUAACCAAUGUCAUUUUGCCCAUAUCGAUAUAUUCAGUGUCAAAAAAUAAAUAAAAGUUGGUUUUGGAUGUGUGUAGGUAGGCUAUGGUUAUCGUUAUCAAGGUGAACUGCUCAAUAUAUUGUGAUAUUGAUUUGAGGCCAUAUCGCCCAGCCCUUACGUCAAGGCUCUACUACCUAGAUGUAAACAAGCACAGGUGACAGAUGUUGCUCUACUGAACUCAACUUUAUUUGCAAGGCACUUUAAAACAACCACAGCUAAACAAAGUGCUGUACAUAAAUAGACAAACUAAUGCAGACAUAAAAAAAAUCAAAAAACAAUUAAUGGAUAAAAUAAAAGCAGAUAUUAAAAAGUAAAAUAUAGUUUCAAUGUUUUUAAAAACUAAUUUAAAAACCAUAGAAACAAAUAACUAAAAACAAACCUUAAAACACUAGACAGACAUUUGCAUGUGUGCUGUGAUUGGUUGAACAUCCAUGUAGCUGCUAAUCCCAGGCAUCUGGACCUUCAUUUUUAAGAAGGACCAGUAGCUGGUGGUGCUAGCUCUGCUACUGUUAGCCACACUUUCCAAACUAUUUUGUCAAUGAUUACCUGCAGCCUUUUGAAUGUACAGCACACCUUGACCUCACCUGCUGCACCUUUAUGACAGUGGAGAACCCUGAAAGUGUGUUUAUGCACGUAAUAUCCUACUAACUGACCUUCAGGCAGAGCGCUCCGGUCACCUGCUGAAUCCAUCUGUUUGAGCCGCUCACUCUCUCCUUUCGUAACCCAAGCUCGCUCGCCCAGUCACACAUAGUCCCUGCAUUUAGAGAGAAGGGGCUUUCCCCCCUUUACACAGAGUGUGUGUGUGUACGUGUGUGUACGUGUGUGAGGACUGUUCUUAAAGAGUGCGUCGGCCGGUCAUCUUACACCCUCCUAGACUUGUGUUUCCAUUAAAAUCUCUGAAGCGCUGUGUGUACAACAGUAUAAUCUAAAAAUAGUGACUCGCAGCAGGGGAGCACUUUCCAUUAAUAAAUAAAUAAGCUGCAGACUGUGGACUGAGAAUAUUCUCAAAAUCACAAGAAAAAUUUUGUUUUUUUUGGGGGGGGGAAUUAGUUAAAUUGGUUGAAAUAAAAAAGUCGACAGUAGUUUGUCAAAAGUUUGGCUCAUAAGCUCCUUACAAAAAUCAACUUUUUUCCCUUGUAGAGCUUAAAAUCUGAAGUAUCCUCAUAGAUAUUGUUGGGAAAAAUCUUAAGGCUGUCCACUUUGACAGAUUUAAAGGCAGGCCACCGUACCCCCGAGAGAAUAUUGUGCUGGCACGCUCUUGAAGUGUAUAAAUCCUGCUCGAUUUUACAGUCUUGUUUACAGUGCCAGAUUAGGACACACAACAGCAGAUGUUUGCACAGUUGUGCACAGGACAGAUCUGCUGGAGGAGCUGCGUCAGUGUAGACGACACGUGCGCCAGCUUCUCUGUCACUCUCCCUGAUUGGGUUAGAGGUGUGAGGUGGAUUAACAAUAGGGAGUGCACGGUGUUCUGGAACAUUUCAGUGAAAAUUAAAAUACUGGUUGGCUGAUGGUCAGAAAAAAUGCAGAAACCUGAUCAAAUUGAGCAAUAUCAAUUUAACAUGACUUAACAAGGGAUUCACAGGGUCUGUCGGUAAACAAUGUGACUUUACAAUGAGAUUAAUCAGUAAUCGGCCAAAACUCGCCGAUAUUUUCAGAAAUAAAAUGCAGAGAAUAAGAUUAGGUUUCACUUCGAACAUUUUCCGCCAUUUGUCAGCCUCUUUUCUAGGUUUUACGGUAAUUUGUCAACAUGUUUCAGUUCAACCCACUUCACGAUGUUCCCCGCUGUGCUGGUCUCGGUCACGUCGAGUUAACGGUGAAGCGCCAUGUAAUAUGCAAGCUAAAGUUAGAGUUAGCCACCUGCUAUUAGCCUUGCUACACUGUUAGCCGUGCCAGUAACGGUAGAAUAAACAUCAGUACACAUUACGUGAUUGAGCUACUUCUCUUACUGAGGCAGCUGCAUGUCUCCAGAUGAGACCGAACCGGAAAUGAGUAACGUGAGUUAAGACGCGGAGGCAUCGAUCGGUCGUCCUGUAUAUAGUAUACAUGUAUUUUUUAGAACUUCAAAAUUUUUUUUUUAAAUCGGCUGAUAAUUGGAUUCCCCCCCCCCCCCCCCUAAUAAUCGGUAUCGGCAUCAGCCCCAAAAAAUCCAUACCGGUCGGGCCCUAGUCUAAUUAUCGUUAUUGAGCUGAACUGCUCAAUACAUCCUGAUAUUGAUUUGAGGCCAUAUCGCCCAGCCCUAAUUAAAGCCAAUAAUCUUGUAAAGUGGAGUUUGCUUGGCCCGUAUUUAAAGCCCUAGUUUUAUGUUUCUUACAGUGGAAGGCUACGGCUCUAUCGUCAAAUGUCGUCCUCAUCUGUCUUGAUCUAAAUGUAUUUUGUCAGUCAGCUCCGCCGUCUCUUGCCUGAGGUGCUGCCUCAGUGAGCGCCCCAAAUGCCACACUAUGAUCUUGUCAGUAUUUGUAACAUUUUCGUCUUGAAAAGAUUUCCUCGCAGCAUUAAGCGAGAAGGAGUCGACUUAGUUGCCAUAAAAAGGAAAUCUGCUGUUCUUUAUCUCAGUUUCAAAACCUAUUUAUUUCAUUUUAUUGAGGCAAUGCCUGACUGCGUAUAAACAGUCUGUAAUGGGAAGCUGCUUACUACAACCACAGGCCAUUUGACGGUAAUAACGGGAGAUCCUUUGACUUUUUAAAGCCUGUUUUGACAGCUGUUAUCACACUUAAGUUUAACGUGACGAGGCAGGAUCUUGCCCUCCUCGGAUUCACUUUAUAUAGUGUAGGUAUUUCACUUCAAACAGGCUCUAUUUGUUGGCUUGGCUCAGAGUUAUUUUCAGUGUAGAAGUGGUUUCUUUUGUGCAGUUUUCGGAGCUGGUCUUCACUUCUGAUUACAGUUCUUUGCUGCAGACGGACCAUGUGAGCUCCUUGUAGUCUUCGAGCUCUGCCAAGUCAUGUUUGGCUUCGAAAUCAAUCAGCGGAUGAUGUAAUCUGGACUCCAAACCACCCUCUAAAGAGCUGUGCAUCAUGCUAAACAUCAUUAAACCAAGUAAUUUUACAACCUCUCCCCGUCUGAAGAUUCAUACAUAUGCAAUCUGCUGGAUCCUGACCCCACGUUUGAUCCAUUGAUGCUGUUAUGUAAUUAGCUCAACUUAAAGGAGUUCCUGUGGAGAGCCAUCCGACUGCUCUCUCCCGUUCGUGCUGCGAGUCGUUAAGCUUUUUUCCACCAUUAAUUAAGCAGCAGCGACUUCUCUCUUCCACUGCCAAGGGAGCCCAGAUGAGAGUCUCUUUCCAAAUCUGAGAAACAGAACAGAACAGGCAGGCGGGCGGGCGGGCAGGAAGGGGAGAACCAGGGUGAGGCUGAAGCCAGAGCAGAGAGAGAGGAGCAGAGCAUCAGUGUUUCCACCGCACUCAUAAAGUGUCUCAGAAUAGUCGUGUUGAUAUGAAAGCAGCUUGCUUUCGUAGGAAAUGCUGCUGAUGCUUUUAUGGUUCUGUGACUUGGUGUUGACGACACCACAGCAGACCCGCUCCAAAGUUUGGUGUGUAAGACACUCUUCUUUAAACAUGGCUACUAGUGUGACUAACUAACCCACAUAAAAAAAUGCAGAGAGAGCUGUUUCAUAGCGCCACAGUUCCCAGAGAGUUACACUCCGAGAAGCAACAGACUGCUCUGAUGCACAAAGCAUGCUGGGAUACACAGCAAUGCUGACCAGUCUUGUGGUGCAGCCUUAUCCAAGAUUUUCUCCCUAAUUAGGUUCCAAUCAUGCAUUUAAAGAAACAUAACUACUUGACAUAUAAGGGAUUUCUUGUUCUCGAGCAACACACCUACACAGGUCACGAAAGAAAACAUGAAAUUUUAUCUUUUUUUGAAAAGAUAAAUAACAAAAAAUGUAACCUUUUUUUGGGUAACAAGUUAUAUGUACAGUUUGCAGAGAUGAGAGUAUUUAGUAGGGCCCGACUGAUAUGGAUUUUUUUGGGGCCGAUACCGAUUGUUAGGGGGGAAAAAAACAGAUUACCGAUUGAUAGGCCGAUUUAAUUUUUUUUUUUUUUAUGAAGUUAUAAAUUUAGGUUGUUCAUUUAAGUACUAUAUCUACAUAUUUACUUAUUUUCUUUUUAACAAAUGGCUGCUUUUGAGCCUUUCUAACACUUCUUCAAGGAAUUAAAGGCAGAAAACUCAUUUCACAUCCUUGUUAUUGCUAAAACAACUGAAAAAGAAUGAGGUAUUUUGCGUAAAGUGCAAACUUUUUCAACUACCCCUGAAACAAAUCUUAUUUUAUGUUUCUGAAAAUAUUAAUGACAAUCGGCGAGUUUUGGCCGAUUACCGAUUAGUCUCAAACGGGCGAAAAUUGGCCGAUUUAAUUGGCUCGCCGAUAAAUCGGUAUGGCCCUCGUAUUUAGCCAUGUCUAGUAUUUAUAUUAUAAAUGAAGCGCUCCCCUGCUCACCCCUCCCAAAACAACGGUGGCCCUCGAGGACAAGAAAUGACCUGUGAGGCGGUCCUGCUCCUUACGUCAGUAUAAAAGCCUCACUCUUAGUUAUCAAAAACAAAAUGUUCUGUCAAAUGUUUUUGUUUUGGUUACACAAAUCUAACAUACUUACGAAUAUUAUAUUAUCCCACUGAGUCUGUUCUGCUAAAUCCCCCACCCUUUUAUAUUUGGAUAUGACGAGAAACAACAAUCCUCCGAUGCUGCAAAUCGUCACGAUGAAGAGCUCUUUUCUUGUCCGGCUGACACAGUUUCCGGUGAACUCUACCCUCGAUUCUGGUGGCUGCCAUUGCCGCGAUGUCGCCAUAAUAAUCCUGAAAAUGAUGUUUGGCUUAUGCACAGAGAGGCUGACAGCGUGGAUCAUCACAGUCCUGAUUCCAUCCCCAUCCCACUGUGAAUGCUGGAUUAAAGACGAUGACAUUUUCACCAGCUAAAAGGAUUUGAGGAUAAAAUGGAUGGGAGAAGUAAAUGCUCUGAGUGAUACGGGCACUUUUCGACUUUAAAGAGCUUCAUUUAAAGUCUUAGAUUAAAUUGGUCAUUCAUAGAAGUGACUUUUAAAAGGAGAUCAUCUGAUUUUAUUUUGAAUUAAGCAUCGGCUUUAUGUAAUUUGAGAAAAUUACCAGCUGUAGGUCUCAUAAUGGAGUUAUUCUAGUUCAUCAUUCAUUAUAAUAUUACAUCAUUUGGCUUCACUUUGUUACUUCUUGUGUUUUUUUUUCACAUUGUUUCUGUCCUUUCAUUUUGGAUGCAUUUUUACUGGAAGGAGCUGGUUGCCUUGAGAACUGUGAAUACUUGGCUUGCAGCUGGUGAAAUAACAUCCCAUUCUGUAUUAUCCUCCUUUUUAUGUUUAGCAUAAAUAACUCAAAGUAGAGGCAAGUCGAGGUGAGCUGUUUGAUAGGAGGCAUUGGACUAGGGCUGGACGAUAAACCAAAAAUUUACCGAUACUGAAAUUUACCACAAGAAAUGACGUCAUUUUGCCCAUGUCGAUAAAAAAUAAUUAAUACAAGUUGGUUUUGGAUGUGUGUAGGUUGGCUAUGGUCUCAUGUCCCUUUGAGACGCUGUUCUACAUCGGAGACGUAACUCCACCCCCAUAUAGUCAGUAACAAAGAGGGAAAGACAGGUGAGGAGAUGGAGGACGGUUUUAAAGUUGUAGUAGCUAAAGUAGACAAAGUCAGUAUGUGAGGGGGUGAGCAGCUUUUAUUUAUCGUUAUCCAGGUGAACAGCUCAAUAUAUCAUGAUAUUGAUUUGAGGCUGUAUUGCCCAGCUCUAGACUGAAGUUUUAUGAUUUUUUUUUCAUUUUUCUUUAGUUUUUACUCCCUGUCAUUGGUGAUUCUGAUCCUUGCUUUCGCUGCAAAUACAUUUAAUUCAGAUUUUAAAGGUCUUGCUUCAAGGCAGUGUUGUUUUUGUCAAUGCCCCUUUUUUCCACGACGAAGACGUGACGUUCACGAGCUAAACACAAGUCUUAGAUGACUAAAAUGUGACGAGACGAAUGUGCGUUUACGAGACGAGACUAGACGAAAACGUUAGUGGUGGACGACGAACAGAGUUGCAAAAUUCAUGAGCAUUGCGUCAGUUAAACGCUAAACAUAUAUUCUGCAAUGUUGUUUACAUUGAUGAUGACAUUUCGUCAAAACAACACUGCUUCAAGGUGCAUAUUAAAUUUUUGUCGAACUUUCUAAAAAAAAAAAGACACAUUUAGUCAAAAAAACAUCUAUAGUACAUUAUCUCAUGAAAGAUGCAGAGAAUUUUGAAUUUGUAUGAGCACUUUGGGCCCUCAGGUGGCAGUUUACUAAAAACAGACAUGACUCUGCAGUGGAAAUCACUGCAUGAGCUCGAAACUACUUCUGAAACUGUACCAUGCAAAGAUGAAACUGCAUAUAAACAUGCCCCUCAUGCCUCCAACUCUGCUCCUAGAUUUGAUAUGAGUUUGUAAAGACCUGAUGACUAACAGCUUCACAGCAAGAGCAGCCUGCUGUAGUGAAGCUUGACCCGGGCUGAGCUGAUGUGUGUUUGUACUAGCAGUACCACUACAGGGUUAUUCCUUGCUGCUGUGUAUCACAGGAAGUAUCUGGGUUAUCCCAGACUGGAGACGCACACAUGCAUUCUCUCGCACACGUUUGUGCACACACACACCUGCAGAGCAUCUCUCUUUCUUGAACUCCCACAUCCACUCAUUCUCUCUCGACUUGCUCCAAGCUGGUUAGCAGUGCUCUUUCUCUCUGUGUCUCUGUAAAGGGAUUACAGCGUCCUGUGUGAUUAUCUAUCUAUUAAUAGACUCCUUUAAGGAUGUUCACAUGCUCCUAUAGCGGCAGAGCUGCAGGAUCUCGAGGCCUCAGGCUCAGAAACGUAAGCCCGGACCCCAAAUCCUGCAGCCGGCAAUUACUGUAAUGAACGACUGAGCACUGGUGCACAGAGGGGAAACACAGGAGGACCUGCAGACACAUACUUCAAACAUCUUUAAUGAGUGGGCAUGCACAUAUCAGCUGCAGUAGCUGUAUGAGGAUUAUGCCAGACAUUAUUAUUCAGUUGGCGUUUCAGUUUUUUACACGUCUCCAUUGCUGUCGAGGGAGACCAGAUAUAUCCUCUUUCCUCAGACCAGCAAGAUAGUGUCCCCUGACCUCUGAGCGCUGCAUCCUCAGCCUCCAACUGUCCUCUGAGAAUACUUUGCAUUGCCCUCAUGAUUUGCAUACUUGCACUCAAGUGUGUACAGAAUAUUUGUCGUAGUUUGCUCUCCAUCUUGAGCAUUUAAAUGUCAGAACAUUGUGUACAUUGAAAUUACUUUUAUCUGCCGGUGCUCGCUUCAAAGGACAGGGAUCCUCGCUUUCUCAUACAGCGGGUAGAAUUUCCUUUUUUUUCUCCAAUAUUCCUGGAAAAAAUCAAGUUUGACUCUCAGACAGGGUUUGCGUUCUACACCUGUAAAUUAAAUCAGCCACUUUUUCCUGCCGGUGUUUUACGAGCGCACUACAAAUCAAACCUUUGAGUCUUGAUAAAUGAGCACACUCCUUUUUAUGUCCACAUUUCACAAUACAUGAGAAUGUGUAUAUCAGGGCGUGCCGCAGUGCAGUAUGGGCUGCAGAGUGAUGGUAUUAUUUUAAGGUCAUAUCAGCUUAACCCUAAUGCAUACACUUGACAGGCAAGAAUGCAUGCACGCAUAUUAUGUAUGCAUGUAUGUAUGUGUCCACACUCACUCGAAAGUAUUAAAUUAGGACAUUUUAGAGGCUGGAACCAGUGAAAGUUUGACAAUCUUGACACCAGUACAAGACAUUUUUUUCAAGAUUUAUUCCCAGUUUACUGACCAGCUUUGUGCUGAAUAGGGGUGGGAGAAAAAAUGAACACAGUAUUGCGAUAUUUUGUCUGGUGAUGUAUUGUAUCAUUUCAUUUACCAAAUAUCGAUUUUUUAAAAACUUAAUUGCUAAUAUAGAGUCAAAUCUAUGAUAAUGGAAAAAUAAAAUCAACAGUUUGAUCAGUGAGGUUGGCAGAAGUGACAUCAUAGAACAGGAGAAAGUUAGUGCAACAUAUAUAUUUAUAUGGUUUGCAAGAUGUGCGACAUGAAAAUAAAAUACAGUAUAGAUAAGACGAACAUAAAACAAAGGCAAAUAUUAAAUUAGCUAAACAGUUGAACAUUUUUUAUAAAUUGCAAUAUAUUGUAUCACAAUACUCACUGUAUUGCAAAAUGUUAAAAAUCGCAACAAUAUUGUAUCGUGACCCAAGUAUCAUGAUAAAAUCAUAUUGUAACCCCAACUAUCAAGAUAAUAUAUCAUGACCCAAGUAUCAUGAUAAUAUCAUAUCAUGACCCAAGUAUCGUGAUAAUAUUGUAUCGUGACACAGGUAUCGCAAUGAUAUCGUAUCGUGACCCAAGUAUCACAAUGAUAUCGUAUCAUGACACAGGUAUUGCGAUGAUAUCGUAUUGUGACCCAAGUAUCGUGAUAAUAUCGUAUUGUGACCUGAAUAUCGUGAUAAAAUCAUAUCGUGACCUGAGUAUCGUGACCUGAGUAUCGUGAUAAUAUCGUAUCAUGACCUGAGUAGCGAGAUAAUAUUGUGUUAUAGGGCCACUAGUGAUUCCCACCCCUAGUGCUGAGCUGGUUGAAUCCUGUUGGCCCAGCUCCAGUCCAAUCUUGCAUAUUGCUUCUAAUUAAGAAGUGACAUGUGUUGAUCCAUUUUACCCUCAUCAUGCUAAUAUGACUUCUGGUGUUCCUCAGGGGUCAGUACUCGGUCCUCUAAAACCAGUUAUGCGCAUUCAAGUUUGACCAGUGUUUUGCUUUCACUUGACACUGUGGAUGCUUGUAAGUACAGGGUGCAGUACUACAGCUGUGCUAUGAUUAGUCCUCUAUUCACUCUGUUUGUCUCUACUUGUAAAAGAUUGGCCUAUUAGCUGCUUAAAUGUUCUGUUUACUUCACUGACUUGAGUGUGUAGCGCUGGGUCAGUAGUACAGGGUAGAUUUAUCAGAGCUUGUUUACAGAAAACAGCUCCCUUUUACUCCCUUUUGAGGGCAGAGAGAGUGAACCUGCUUGACAAAGACAAGCAGAAAAGACUUUUGCUCAAGGACAUGAAGACUUUGCAGCAACCUUGAUAUUCUGGGCAGCACUCUUUCUGGGUAUUUGGAGCACUGAGUGAUCAUACAUGCACAUCAAAGAGGAGCUUGUUUCAUCUUCUUGGCGGGUUAACACCACAGAUUUCAGAUGAAUUAAAACUCAGAUUGCGUUUGAUUUGAUGACUCAGUUUCGCUGUAGGUCAGUGAAGUCUGGAGGCGUUCAGUUUGAGAAAUGUUAAGGUGUUUUCUUGGCGAGCGCCGAGCCCUCUGUCCGUCUAUCCCACCAAGUUUGCACCGCAGAGCAGAGAUUAAAGCCAGGACUCCUGCCAGUCAAUCAGGGUCUGCCUUUAUUUUGUUUUUUUGACCGGCCUGGUUGGAUUCAGCUUCAAUGAGCUGAGCUAAGCGGGAGGCCAGCAGGUCGUGAGUAACUAGUGGCAUUUGGAUCAAAACAUGUUCACAAUAAUCACUUUAAAUGCGCUUGACGAGGUCUGGCGAAGCUCGAUUCCCAGGACAGGAAACUGCCCGGAUCGGUUGGAGCUUCAGGAAGAGGAUUUCAAAAAUUUUAACUUUUUUUUUCUCCAUUACAGUUUCAUCAACUUGACAAAAUCAGAGGCUGAAAUCCUGACAAGGUCGUUUUAGUGAAUGAGAUGAGCGCUAAUUAGCAUUAGCUUUCCCGUCUGAUCCGAGGCCGUGCUUCUUACCUAAAAGAAAAGGUCAAAUAGCCAAACAUAGUUCAUCCGCAUGCAAAAGGCUCAUUCAGAAAACCCCUGAUCUGAAACUAGCAGAGCCGCAUGUAGAGCUCCUGCCUGGAAACAGGGGGGGAAAAAGGGGAGUGGGAUGCUGGAAAGGCCCAAACUGUGGGUCACUGCUUCCAGGAUUGUAGUCGCUGCAUGGGGGGGAUUUAACCCCUGAGAUUAACCACCUGUUGAAGUUCAACAAAUACAGUUAAUAAGGAUUUACAGCCUCAUCUAAGAAUUAAUUUUUAUUCCCUCAAUUAAUCCACCGAUUCUUGGAAAACAGUAGAGAAAAGAGAUUUGAAGCAUCAUAGUCCCAUUGAACCAUUGAAUUGAUUUAUCAUCUGCAACAGCUGCACGUUACUGCGAGGUGAAAAAGUCAUUUUAUUGUCACUCCAGGACUUUGUCGCUCAUUGAUAUGCUGUUUGUGACUCGGUAAGAAAUACAAAACAACAAGUGAGCACUUUGAAGUUUGAUGUCUGAACACACGCUGCUGCUGCUGCUGGUGCGGUGCCUCGGGAGCAGCUUAUCCCUUACAUAACAAUGGCUCGGUCCUGCUGGGACAGGGACAUCAGCUCCGGCGAUCACGGGGGGGGAAAAGAGCGCAGAGCGUCUUCCAGCAGGGUCUGAACUCUGCGCGACCCUCUGCCGUGUCAGUCACCGAGAGGAUCAGAAUAAAGACACCUGCCGACUCGUUUCUCAUUGUGCAUCCGUGUGGCAGGUGACAGCUCAGUCUCCGCCGCUCCCAUCGGAAACACUCCGUGCCGGAUAAUGAGGCUGGUGCGCUCAUUUAGCCGCUCUGCAGACAAGAUGAAUAACUGAAAAGCUGAUGCAAAGCAGGGAGCUGACUUGUUGUACCUUUAUUUUCAGUAACAAAUAUUUUUGGAAGCUGAAACUCUCUUUAUAAUUAUUCCUCCGCUGCUUUGCUUAUCAUGCAGCACGUCGUCUAUUUAUAACAAACAGACACACCUUGUUGCCACAGGAAGUUAAAAGUCUGUGAGUUUCUGUUAUAGUGAGCACGACAACAGGAAGUCUUGUGAGAACGUCAAAUUAAUACUGUAUUCAAAUAGAAGUAUAGUAAGGAAAAGCUCUUUUACACACUUCGUCCUCAAUUAAAAAAGAUUGCAGGUUUCUUUCCCCAAAUAUUCAACCACAGAUUCAAGAUCAUUUUGUUUGCUGUGUUUUUCAUCUUGUUCUCAAAUUUCUCUUUAGUUUAUUUUAAAUGUCUUUUAGUUAUUUUUACUCUAUUUUUGUAGGUCUUUUUUGUUGUCAUUUAGUUUUUGGUGACAGUUUACACUUAACAUAACUUAUAAAUGGUAAAUAGACCAUUUAUAAAAUGGUAAGCAGAUAGUUUAUUAAUGUUUAAUCAUCAUUUCUAAAUAGCAUAUAGACCAUUAAUAAAUUGCACAUUUUGCAAUUUUGAAAACCUAACCCUAACUUUACAACAACCAUCUAAGUUAUGUUCAUAGAUGGUUUAAAAUCCAAAUAUACAGCAGCUGUAUCUCCAUUUUUUAGAUCAUAACUGCCAACCAUCAUCUCUUCUUGUUUACAUCUGGAGAGCAUUACAGCCAUAGACUGUAUAUAGAAUGGACGCCGUCUGCUGAGUGAAGCCACCACAAGAACAGCACCCUCUGGUGACGGGCUGCAGUAUAAGUCAUAAAUCCCACAUCCUCUAGCAAUCCUUAUGGAGCUGUGGACAAACUUUAGAAAUUAAUUACACAGAAUAUAAAUUUUUCUGGUUGCGAUUUGUACAUGUAGUUACAGUAAGACUGGUUUGUGCUCAAGUCCUCUUUUUUCUGUACAGCUCCAUUAUUAAAAGUUAUGAGGGGGUUCAUGUUUUCUAUGAUUGACACGUGAAACAGCCUAUGAGUGUACGAAGAUUGCACACCAGGGGGAUACGCUGUUUGAGCUGAGCAUCAUUACAGCAACUCUCAGUGACUCUCUCGCCAAAUACACACAAUGCUACUGCGUAAUGCUGGCUUCAGGAAAUGGAGAAAAAUCGUGGAAAUACAGAGAGCUUUUUGGCUUCAAAUCUGUAUACAGACAGGAGGCGGAUCCAAUUUGUCCAUAGUAUAUACAGUCAAGGACAAGCAGUCAUGGCUCCUCUAAUACUUUCGGUUUUGGUUCCUCUCUCUGAUAAUUGCAGUGUGAUGAACUGCUGCACAACAUAAAUCAGCUCCAGUUCAAUAAUAUCAAGUUUAAAUUGAGCUGACAUAGUCUUCUGUGCACAAACAAGAGGUAAACAACAAGACUGAGAUUUUGCAUAGAGGUUGUCCUGCCGACUAGUGUUUGGUGGAAUAUUGCAGAGUGGCGUGGACACUGGGAGAUCGUUUUUUGCACAAUGUCCACACCUUUGACUCUUAAAUCUGGCCUCUGUGUGGCCUCGCUCCGUGUUUGCUCUUCUAUCACCCAGUGUUUGCAGGGAUUGACUCCCGCCUCUCUGCCAUUAUACAAAGGAUCAGCGAUUACAGCUGAUGGAUGGACGAAUGAUUGAUUAAACUACAGAUUAUUUUUGAAAGAGCGGAUCAGUAAAAUCCAGGACAGAAUUAUCUGUAAAUAUUGACAUAACUGGUGCUGGAUCGUCCGUAUCAUCGAUAAAUCUGCUGCCUGUUGCCUCUUCCUGUCAUAAAAAAAAGUCAGCUAACAGUCUGCGUGGUUUGCAUAACUGCGUCGAUUGAAUUAACUAACCUUCCUCAUCUUCCUCCUCUCCCCCUCUGUGUGUCUUCUGCAGAAGUGCCAGCGCCGGAGCAGCCGGAGCUGUUCCUGAAGAAGCUGCAGCAGUGCUGUACUGUCUUUGACUUCAUGGACACGCUGUCAGACCUCAAGAUGAAGGAGUACAAGCGCUCCACGCUCAACGAGCUGGUGGACUACGUGACCGUCAGCCGGGGCUACCUGACAGAGCAGGCCUACCCCGAGGUCGUCAAAAUGGUGAGGGGGGAAACUCAACCAUCCAGCAUUUUACGACAAAGUUACAUGAGAGCUGUAGUAGAGUUUGGUCGUUUCAGUUUCUAUCCAUGAAUGAUUCGUCUCUUAAAGGGACAGUUACCUUAUUUCAUAUCUACGGCACCUUCUCUUCACCAAAUUACAGACUUCUAGGUUACCUCAGACUGAAAAGAGCCUUUGAGUGUAGCACUUAGCUCCCAUCGUGGCUAAUAACUCUCAAACUUUUGACCCACAUAAAGAUCUUAAACGUAACCCCAGAGGGAAAUAUUAUUUAAAAGCCAGACUGACGCAGCGUGGCGAGUUUAGUACAGACGGAUUACACUCAAACCAGUCCUCCUCUCUUGUCCCAUUUUUCUCCCUGGCUGUCUCGUGCCCCCGAUGUGCACUCACACUCACGUGAGGCGCUGAUGUAACUUUGAGUAUCACAGAAGAAACCUCAGAGUCUGCUGAGGGCGAGCGCUGCAGCACCGCAGGAACAGUCAGAAUGUCAAAUGCAGGUUAUCGGUGUUUAAACAAGAUCCAAAGAUGUGAUACAUGUAGAUCUGGGUGCCCUGCUGUGUGCGCUUUAACAAACAGGAUCAUUAUCUGUCAAACAUAUCUGCAGUCCAGGUGAUGCAAUCGCCCAUGGUCAGGUGUUUGAAGUGUCCUAUUUAUGGUCCUGCAGGUCUCUCACAACAUAUUCCGGACCCUUCCGCCCAGUGACAGUAAUGAGUUUGACCCUGAGGAAGACGAGCCCACGCUCGAGGCCUCCUGGCCUCACUUACAGGUAAGAAAACUCAGCAGAGUGUGUUUGUGUGUGUGAGUUUUUGUCACCUUUUAAUACCUUUGAGGGUUUUUUAUUUUGAACUGAAUUAAUGUAAAAUUACUAUCAGCUGUUUGAGGAGCGCUCUGCUGUGUCUGAAUCUGAAACAUCUCAUUCAGCUGCAGUGUUUUUGUCAGGUGUUUGCUGCUAUGGCACAGGUUGCAAGAUCCGCUCAUUUCCAGGCUGUGUUCAUGGAGUAUCAAACCAAGGCUUGCAACCUAACUCCUCAAAAUGUUUGAAUUGGACCUCUCUAAAUCCAAAACAUUUCUUCUGCUGUGCUCUCUUUUUGGGAUUAUUCCACCCAGAUGAUGAACAAAUUGUAGGAAAAGUUGAUUUUUUACUUUACUUUGUCUCACCUCAAUACCUCAAUAUUGUGAGCAAUAUUAUGAAGAUAGGAUUUAUAAUAGGGCCGGGCGUUAUGGCCUCAAAUCAAUAUCACAAUAUAUUGAUCAGUUCACCUUGAUAACAAUAAAUGGACGAUAACUACUCUACAAGCUGCUCUACCCCUUCCACAUUAACUUCGUCUACUUCAGCCGCUACAACUUUUAAAUCGUCCUCCAUCUCCUCACCUGUCUUUCCCUCUUUUUUGCGGAGUGGAUGGGGUGGAGUCACGUCUCUGACGUAGGACAGCAUCUUAAAGAGACAUGAGACCAUAGUCUACUUACAAACAUCCAAAACCAACUUUGAUUUGUUUUUUUGACACCGAACAUAUUGACAUGGGCAAAAUGAUGUUGGUUAUUGUUUUAAAUUUCGGUAUCGUUAAAUUUUGGGUUUAUUGCCCAGCCCUAGCUUCAACACUCACUGCAUGGAUAUUACUAGCUAAAUGAUAAUCUGAAUGAACCUAACAUGGGUGUGUGUGUCUUUGUGUCUUUGGAGGAAAAAAGUCAAAGAAUUGAUGUGUUUGGAAAAUGGAGAUAAAGUUGUCGUACAAUCUAGACUGGUGGUGCUAGCUCUGCUAACUUAAGCCACACACAGCAAAUUAAUGUCAUAUUGUUAAACGAUUUCGGUAUUGGUAAAUUUUCGAUUUAUCACCCAGCCCUAAUUUAUGGUUAUUUUAUCUUAAAGCAAAAUGUAAAAUGCUGAUUCCAGUACACAUUAUAACUCCAUCAGCUUUGUCCAGCUCUAAUAGUUCAUAGGAAACGGUUUCACUCCCUGAAAGAGAGCACGCUUCCAGUACUGAACGAAUCCGGAUCCACGAGUGCCAUAGAUGCUGUGUUUGGUCUCUGUGGCUUGGGUGGGUUUAGUCUGGGUCCAUGUUUAGAGCCAGGCUCUCUCGUCUCUCACCUCCCCUCCUCCUUCUCUGUGUGCCUGCUGCCCAGGACUCCUUUAGAAAUGAGAUGCAAAUCUCAAGGAGAAGCUUCCUGGUAAAACCUUUUUUCUUUUUGUUUCGUCUCAUUUGUCCUUUUUUUUCCCCCCUCAGCUAUUUUUGUCCCUGAUCAGAAAACCCUUUUUCUCUCCUCACAUCCUGGCAAAUCUGAACCUCUUUCGGUCCCAGCUAAACCCACCUCACGCUGAACCUUUUGUGACCUUUGGCCCUCUGUGACCUCUCCCUAGAAUCUGACCCAGUCCCAGUGUUUAUGGGGUUAGUUCGAGGGCUUUGCACUGCUAAGUGAAAAGUUGGGGUUUUUUGUCUUGAUUUUUUUUUUUUUCAGUGAGUUUGUUGCACAGCGGGACAGUUGUGUUUAGUAUCUGUUAGUAGUUGAGAGUUUUUUUAGAUUAGUUCACACAACAGCAGCUAAUGUUCGUGCACAUCAGUGAGUUCAGAGCUGAAGUUUUCAUAGAAACUUAAAUGUUUUUGCUUUAACAUCCACAUCUCCUGCUCUCUACCCUCCACCUUUUUUCUUCUUCUCGUCUCCAGUUGGUAUAUGAGUUCUUCAUCCGGUUCUUGGAGAGUCAGGAAUUCCAGCCCAGCAUUGCCAAAAAGUACAUAGACCAGAAGUUUGUCCUACAGGUGAGUCACGGUGGUCACUCUUUCUUGUCCUCUUUGUGUUUCAUCACUUCGGUAUCAUCUGAUUCUCUCCUCUGUCUCUCCUCUGGUUGCAGCUCUUGGACUUGUUCGACAGCGAGGAUCCUCGGGAGAGAGACUACCUGAAGACAGUCUUGCAUAGAAUCUAUGGCAAAUUCCUGGGGCUGAGAGCUUUUAUACGAAAACAGAUCAAUAAUAUUUUUCUACGGUGAGUAGACGCAGAUUCCCCAACGCUUCGAUAUAACAUAGUAUGGUUUACUUGAAAGGGUGGGUUUAUUUUGGGUUCGAAUCAGCUGAUAUUUUACGUGAAAAAACUCUGCAAACUCUCAAAAUUAAAGGAACCUUCCUGUUAUUUUCCCUUCAUGUUCCCAGCUAACGCAGAAGUCUGACACUGACUCUCCACAGCCCCCUCCUCUUAAUCCCGAGUUUCAUUUCGGCUCAUUAGUUUUUUCGUUGUUUAACUUUUCUCCUGUCUUUUUCGUCUCCUGUCUUUCGUCUCUCUCUGUCCUCUCCGCAGUUUUGUUUAUGAGACGGAGCACUUCAACGGGGUGGCUGAGUUGCUGGAGAUCCUCGGGAGGUAUGUGGAGGACUCACGUUGUAACGCUCUGCUCCGUCAGCUGGGCUCUCACAGACCUGAGCUCGACUGUAGCAUUUACCUGUUGAUCUGAAGUUACAAAAACACAAGGAUAUCAAAUAGAAGGAUAAGAAAAGAAGAUUACACCCUGUAAAUUGGGGAUUAUAUUCCAGAUUAUACGGUAAUAAUGUUUCUAAAAGCUCUCGAUACGCAUUGGCUUGACUGAUUUUCACAGUAAUUGACGAUCUUAAAAUUGAAUUAGACUCCAAACAAUGCAGGAGGACUGUGGUGUUUCAAAUGUAGCUCUAAAGAAACGUCCUCGCUGCUCCCCCCGGACCUGAAGGUUAGAGCAGAAUCCUUCCUUUAGUUCCACCUCUUUAUUUCUCCCCCGGGCUCCUUCGCUCAUAUAAACACUCCUCUUUUUGUCAGCCGCUCAUUGAUCUUCCUCUUGCUUUCAAGGAUUCACAAUAACACUCUUUUAUGUGGUCAUGUUUAAUUUAUGUUUGCAUUUUCUCCUCUUUCUCUCUCUCUCCCUCUUUUUUCCUUCUCAGUAUAAUCAAUGGUUUCGCCCUGCCGCUGAAAGCAGAGCAUAAACAGUUUCUGGUCAAAGUGUUGAUCCCCCUCCACACUGUCAGGAGUCUGUCCCUCUUCCACGCACAGGUAACACGUGUGUGUUUGUGUGUGUGUGUGUGUUCAUCAGUGUCUCUCUUAAAUGUACCAAAAAUAAUCCUGAAAUGUCAAAUAGUAAAAAGUUAAAAGUGCCUUUGAAUUUACCCUCACAGGCUUUUUAAAGUCACAAACUUUUGUUUCUGUCUGUGUGUGUGAUCUUGUUUAACCUACUUUCAGGGACACAGUAAAAACUCUAGACUAGAUAAGUGGGGACCAUAGCCGUGUCCCCAAUAGGGGAGAAAAAGCAGAUUAUGGGGUCAGCUGUUGAAGCUUUUGGACACAGAAAAUAAGGGAAGGUUUUAGGUUAGAGGUGUUGAAUGUAACUUUAUUUGUAAAACCAUAUUUACAGGUUAUGAUGAUGUUGCAAUGUCUGUUGUUGUUUUAAUGAAGCUAAUGUAAGCUAAGCUAACAGGCUAAAAUGUGCUAUAAUCACGUUUGUUGUCUCUUGUGUCUCUACAGUUGGCGUAUUGCAUUGUACAGUUCCUAGAGAAAGACCCAACAUUAACAGAACCAGUAAGUAUCAACUGAACUAAUAAACAACACAGUCAUGAAGUAGAAAUUAUUAGCUGUUUAAUUUUAAAAGUAACAUGUAAACACACAUUUAGCAGAGUUAUAGUGAUGGAACAUUAGACAUGCAUGUAAGUUUGUUCCUGCAUCAAACAAAGCGACUGGAAAGGGAGGAUGUUAUUUAUUUUGAGUAUCUAUUAAAAGGAUUGUAGAUUAAAGAUAAAGGCAAAUAUAACAAAUAGCUGUAACAGCAGGACUCUGCAUGAAAUAAAGGGUCAUCCUAAUGAAUCCUCAUAAAUCACCAGUUGAUGCAUGUUAUGUUACAGUUAAGCCCUUUUCCCCUCAUUUCUGCGAAUGUUAUCUCUAAAGAUUAGUUUAAACUUCUGCACUGGUUUGCAUGUCUCAAUUACACCGAUGCAAAUGUCCCAAAUAGUUGCAUUGUAGUCGGACACAGUGUAGUUUUGCAUUGGUUCUUAAUGUUGGUGAUAUAAACAUAAACUCCUUUUAGAAUGGAAAUUAACCUCAUUUGUACACCUGAAAAUCUUCUAUUUACUUAAAAAACGACACUGAAGAUAUCUUAUUUGCUUCCUUUGAGCUGUGCUUUUAUUUGCAUAUGGAGUGUAUCCAAACAGACCUGACUGCAUCUUUUGUUUUUUGUCAACUUCAGAUUUUGGUUUCAUAAAAAGUUGUUUUUUCUUUCUGUGUAAUGCUGCAAAGUUUUCCAGUUUUCCCUCUCCACUGUGGUCACUGCUGAUAGCUGAGAUCCAUGUUAGCCGUAAAGGUUGCAGACAGUGCCUCACUGUGGCGAAAAGAGGAACCUCUAUGAGAUAACAGACACUUUUCCUGCAGGAGGAAUCAUUAAGAGGAGUUUGUGUUGGACAGUGACGGGAAAAUCGAUCAGUCCGUCUGAAUCUGUCUCUUCUUCUCUCUCAGGUCAUCAGAGGCUUACUGAAGUUCUGGCCAAAAACCUGCAGUCAAAAAGAGGUACGGAGUGUGUUUUUCAUUUUUGUGUGAACUUUGUGCGUUUCCGUGUGUGUGUUUAGUAACACCUUCCUCCCGCUUUGUGGUCUAGGUGAUGUUUCUAGGGGAGCUGGAGGAAAUCCUGGACGUCAUCGAACCAACACAGUUCGUCAAGAUCCAGGAGCCGCUCUUCAAACAGAUCUCCAGAUGUGUCUCCAGCCCUCACUUCCAGGUCAGGGACCGUGUGACCGUGUGUUUCAGUGUCACACCUUUAAACUCACAGCAUUGUUUGUCUUAAAUUUCGCUAUGGGAGGCGUUUUAUGUGAAGAGGUGUGUCCCAAUGAGGCGAUGCAAAUUAAAAGCUCAUCUCAACAUGAACCUCUGCUAAAAAACAAGCGUAAUCAGUCCUUGAUUCUCUGUUUUCACACGAUCCGUGGACACUCACAGGCUUGUGCGUAUUGACGUUUUCUCUCUUGUGUCUCAGGUUGCAGAGCGAGCUCUGUACUACUGGAACAACGAGUACAUCAUGAGUCUGAUCGAGGAGAACUCCAGCGUCAUCCUGCCCAUCAUGUUCGCCAGCCUCUACAGGAUCUCCAAAGAGCACUGGAACCCGUGAGUGACUUUAUAUCGUCAUUUCUACAAGUUCAAUUCGACACAAGUAGCAUAUUUUUAAAAAUUCUGUAAAUACUCCACGAGAACUGUGUGUCUUUGUGUACGCUGAUGCUCCCACAUUCAGUCCUUUGGCCCUUCCCUCGGAUUCUCACCUUCUUAUGUUACCUUAAAGCACACACUCAGCUUUUCAUGCCACAUACGGACUCUGUUUAUUGUAAACAGCAGACAGCACAGUGUCUUCGCUGCAGGAAACAAAACCUCGUAAAGCUUUAAAAUUUGACUCGAUUGCUCUUUUUAUGUGAGAAUCUGCUUCCUCUCUGUUUUACGUUGAAAGGAAUAUCAAUCAGAUGACGGCGUGGACAGUAAUCUCUGGAGAAAGUAGAGCCAGUUCUGUUUCAUUUAAUGCAGGAAUGAUACUCUGACAGGCUGCUAGAACAAAUCCAUCAUUAAACGUUUAAGUAUUAAAAGCAACAAGCGUGUAAAAUAUAAAUUUAAGGCUUUAAAUCAUCCGUAUUUCAUGCCCUCAUUGACUCUGUGGCCGUAAAAGUUUGUAGAAGCUGUCAACUUCACGAUCUCUCUCUCUCUCUCUCUUCCUCACAGGGCGAUCGUGGCGCUGGUGUACAACGUACUGAAGGCCUUCAUGGAGAUGAACAGUACCUUAUUUGAUGAACUUACAGCCACUUACAAGUCAGACCGCCAGCGGUAAGAAGCAGCUCAUGUUCACGUCACGGACACUCAAUCAUGCGAUAGAGUGUGAUCUCUGCUGCAGGGAAGCUGCCAGAGCAGACCAGAGCAGACCAGCGCUGUUACUAACAUCACACUCGACUAUUAUUAGCAGGAGUAUUAGCCGCGGUUAAGGCAGGAGCAGCACUCAGAGCAGCAGGAGCAUGAGGGAGUUUAAAAGUAUAAAAAGCCGAUGAUGACUUUCGGCGUAUUCAGAGGAAAGAGUACGGUCUGUGUUGUGAAGUUUGGUGAUUACAGGCCGAUAUAUGUUCAAAAUUAAGUGAAUACUCACAUGUUUGUGCGCAGAGAUCAACUUCAGUGCGAUUCUGAUACCAUAACACAAAUGAUCAUAAACAGAGCUCUGACCAGACUCCAGAUGAUGAUUUAUCAUUUUUCUUGACUGUGAGAAAGGCUUUUUUGAUGCUCUCAAGAUGAACUGCCUCUUUUUUUGGUAAUUUAAUGUUCUUUAAGGCAGGGCUCGAUGGUGUGACCGUUUCACAUUUGUAACUAAAAAUAGAUGUGUGCGAAUUGUAAAAUGUAUUUCGGGGCACAUGUGCGCACAAAAAAAUUAGCCGAUGCAACAAAUGUUUUUUCAUGUAAAUACCGCGUGAAGUUAGUUUUAGGUUGGAUAUUUAACGGACAUUCACCGCAGAUCUACAGGUGUAUUCUCACUGUCCAUAGCACGGUUAUAUCUACUGGGCACCCUUGCUGUCAACGUUGGGUGUUGAAUAAGGGACCGUCAAUAAAUUACUGGUUGAUUUUCUCAAUAAAGGCUGUUUUCCUUCAAUAGCUUCCAUGUCGUGUAACUAAUUGGCCUAAAACUGAUUUUAAAUAAAAGUACUAAGGUCGGACGAUAAGACAAACAUUAUUUAACUAACUUUCAUUGUGCCCCUGAAGUUCUUUGUGUGCUCCUUACUUUUUCAACUUAGGUGCACACCUAAGUGAAAUAAGUUAGUGUCAAGCCCUGCUUUAAGGCCAAACAAGCAGGUCUCUUUCCUUUCAACCCUAGUCUCACUGAUCUGGCUGGUACCAAUCUUUUUUUCUCACCAAGUACGUUUUCAUUUCCCAACACAGUAUGUGGUUACUUUUGGGAAACGAAGACACUCAAGUUAAAUUUGGAGAACUAAAGUUAUUGGUUUUGAUUGUAUAAAGUUGCCUACCUGCAACAUGUCUGCUGGUACUUGCUUUGCUACAUGUCUGUUUUCUUCAAUUUGCUUGCUGUCUCUUGCACUCAAACUUAAUGGAUGACCAUAUGUCCUCUUUUACCUGGACAUGUCCUCUUUUUUGGGGAGGUUUAUAAAUCCUUCAAAUGUCCGCGUUUUUUUACAAAAGGUUCGAAUUUAUGUCACAUGGACUUACUAGGUUAGAAGCGUGUAAAAGACACUCGAUCUAACCCGAAAAACUCUCAAAAUUAACUUUGUGUGACUCCCACGUAGUUGUGUCCUCUUUUUUGGGAAGUCAGAAUAUGGUCACUCUACUAAAAUUAAAGAUCCAUGAUGAACUUUCCUGCGUUACUGACCAAAUCAGAUACAUCUAUUAAGACAGUUUUGGCCGUCAGAGAUGUGGACAGAUUUAGAUGUUUGAACUCUGGCUGCAGUGCGUCAGAGUAAAGCUCUCGUCCUCCAUGUUUGUUUCUGUUUCAGUGAGAAGAAGAAGGAGAAGGAGAGGGAGGAGCUCUGGAAGAAGCUGGAGGACUUGGAGCUGAAGCGGGGCCUUAGGAGCGACGGGAUCAUCCCAACUUAACGAAGACAGCGCCGCGCUCCCCUUUGCCCCUCUCCCUUCCCUUUACUCUCCCCCGUGUGACUCCCCUUCCCCUCCAUCCUUACCCCGACUCCCCUCUUCUACAUCAGCCAUGUCUGCUCAGAGCUCUGAGAAAAUCCCCGAUUCAGGCCAUCGUCUGUGGAUCGUCACGGAGCGCCCGCUGGUUUCUUAAUUGUUUUUUUUUUUUUCUUAUGUUUUUUUUUUUUUUUUUUCCUGUGUUUGUGCGACUUACUUUACAGUAGAUUCAUCACGUCUGUUUUCAUUAUUUCAACAGCACUGUAAAUAAUUAUUUUUUCUUUUUUUUUCCCUUAAACUGAUAUUAUUGCAAACGGAAAAACAAACCAAUAAUAAUAAAAAAAAAAGGAAGAAAAAAAUAGAAAAUGAGAAAAUGACUUGUGUGGGAGGGGAAUUUAAACAAAAAAAUCAAAAAACUUUUGGACUGUAGGACAUGAAAUGAACUCUUGGAAAACAAAAAAACAACAAAAAAAGAGAAGAUAGAUUGAUUUAAACUCUUCAUCCCGCUCUUCUUCUUCUUCUUCUUCUUCUUCUUCUUCUUCAGUACAGUCCCGUAUGUAAUUUUUAUUUUCCUGGUUCUUCUCUUUGCUCUCCCUCUCGUUGCCUCCAUCUUUCUGUUCCCUCCCUCCUCUCUGAUGGUGCAUCGGUUAUUUCUCUCCCUGAGUGGGGUGUCCGAACUGAAAAUGGGUCCCCCCACCUCUCCCACCUGAAGGUUCCUCUAGGACCUCAUUCUCCUCUUCUUGUCUUUUUCGCCCCGCUUACUCGUCAUCAUGUUCUCCUGCCUGUUUCAAACAGGGAAAAAAAAGAUCAAAUCACAUUUAAAGACAACAACAGGGACUCUUAGUACACUCAGACCAUUUCUCCUGUAGGUGUGUUUACAUGCGUGUUCAUGGAGGUUUUUUUUGCUCAGCUGUUCAUGUGCAUUAUACACUUAUUUUCUUCCCUUUAAUGUAAACACAUCUGAACCAACCUGAGAUUAAAAUCCCUCAAAAUUGAAAUGUUUUACCGUAAAUUUGAAAUAUUGACGUAGUCUGUAAAGACGUGUUUAAACCAUAUUGGAAAUGCUCUCUCAACCUCCUCCAACUUAAAGUCACUGUAAACACGAGCAGAGAGGUGGAGCUGAGGCAGCCCACGAAACUGGGAACGUUAUCAUUCCUGCCGCAAAAACAGGGGUGUCGGCCUCUAGUGGACACUCGAGGAACUGCAGUUUUAUGCACUUCCACAUUGGCUUUUACAAGCUUCCUUCACAGAAGCUCUCUCACACUUAAUUCCCUUUGUGUGCUACAAAAUAAAAGCCUCCACGUUUCACCAGUUAAACUGGCCACUCUAUAAGGAAACAGGAAGAAAUUCAGAAAAAAAGCAAUAAAAGCGAUCUGUGAGCGGGGAAGCUGUUAUUGGAAUAAAAUUGCGAACUGUAAGACAGUACAUGCACUUAUUGUUUCCUUGAAUCCCCUGCAGAAAUUGAUUCCUGCAUCUAAAAAUAGUGAAUUGGUCGGACAGUGAUGCUGACAACAAAUAUCUUAAAAAGUCCUUUAUUUUGAAAUACUUCCAAUUCACUGUGCAGCAUUAAAUCGUUUCUUUUUCCAUAACUUUGGUGUCAGAGCACCAGAGAAAUUAUGGAAAAUAGUAAAAGUCAACGAAAGUUUCAUACAUAUUUUACGGUAAUUGAGGUGGAGAUGUGUCAAAAAAGGGGGAAAAUAAGUUUAUUGAAUGCACAAAUUUGACCAGUAUAACCUGGACAUGAUUUUAUUUCACUGUAGUUGAAUUACCUCAUAUCCCAUUCACUUCAAACUGUACUCUCAAUCAUUUAUAAUAUCUGUCUUUUACCCGUGCAGCCUCCCUGAACUGUAAACGCAUAUAAACACACUUAUUUGUCUUCAUCUUCACAUCUGCCUCUCCUCCUUUCUAAAAAUGAUGGACUGCCUUCAUCAUCAUGAUUCUUUUUUUCACUCCUCCCCGCCCCCCUUCUUCAUUUAUUUUUGUAACCUCUGACCCCUUUCCCGUCUCCUCACCUGCCGUACCAGGUAUCCCAGGUAUCAGUCUGGCACUGGUACCCUCCGGCCAUCAAUGGGGGGACUUUAUGAAAAUGAAAACAAACUAACUUUACGAAAACAAACAGAAAAAAAAACAAGUCUGCAGAGGAGCGCCAAAUAUCGUCCUCCCUGUUGUGAAAAAGACGAGUGCCCCGCCUCACCGCACCUCACCUCCACUCCACUCCUACCCCCCUCCGCCCACCGGGGGGCGCCGCGUUGACUUCACAGUAUUACAACAACAACAGUGACAAAAAGAAAAGACAACCCUGUACAUUGUUAUUGAAUGCAGUACACUGAUAAUCUUGUAUCUUGUAGUAAUUUAGCCUAUGUUUUUUUGCUUAGGAAACUGUGGAGAGGAGUAUCCAGUAUAUAAAGAGGUAUUAUGGAACAAGACUUCCUGGUAUUUAUGAUAGUGUUCCCCCCUUUCAGUCUGUUUUUUUUUUCUUUUCUUUCUCUGUCUCUCACUCCUCCCUCUUCUUCUCUUGGUUUUUAUCUCAUUUUGGAUAUUUUGAUGAAGUUUCUUUUGACCAUUGGAUAUAUUUUUUUUAGUUGGGGAGGGAGGGAGGGAGGGAGGGAGGGAAGGGGUGAGGGUGAGGGCAGGUUAGGCAGGGAGUCCGAGGGUGGGGAGGGAAUUAAGGGAGGGAGGGAUGGAUGACGGAGGGAGGGGGGGAGUAGAGAGGGGGAAGGCAUGGAGCAGACCACUUUGCCCACCCACAUGGGAGCGUGAUGGUGAACCUCCCCCCUCCUCCCUCGCAGAAUUAAUGUGUGCUUUAGAACGGCCCAGAUGUAAUAUGAUUUAAAAACUGAAAAAAAAAGAUAAAAAAGGGUUGGAGAAAUACAAAUGUUUAAUUAUUUUAAAAAAUAAAGAGAUAUUAAAUUAAACCUGUUUUGUGAUAAAGCCCA